AUGUGUACUGAACAUUUAUCUGAUGAGCUGUCUGGAACAGUUCUUGAGUAUAAGGAUCAGGUAAAAUACUUAAAAAUAUUAAAGAAAUUUUACACUUGAGGUCAAUUCCAAAACCGCCCAUGCGCCCCCCACCCCUCACCCCUUUCAGGCAAACCCCCAGGCAUUUGACUUCUUUCAAAAUUUAGAUCAAAUUCCUUGGUAUGUUGGCAGUUUAGAUGGUCCAAUACCCCAUCAGCUAGUGCUUCAAGAAGCGUCAAAUCCCCCAUCCAGCAGCGACUAUUCAACAAAUUUCCCAUUCGUCAAAACCAUUUAUUGAAGUGUAAGUGUCCCAAUAAACACAACCGAAAUACCGUAAGUCUUGAAAAGCUGUCUUAGAGAGGUUUGUUCAUUCCAAUAAAAUUGUUCAUUCCAGAAAGCGUGGGCUUUUUCAAAGGCUGUCAAAUGCUCCAACAAAACAGCGAAUAUAAGAGCAAUGGCCCGUGAACACGGUACACAUGCUGAGUGUGGAAAGAAUUUUAAAAAAUCCUUUUGCCUGCAACGCUGACACGUUUUGACACAAAAUCAAGUGGCCAACUGGGCGGGCGUCAUUUUGGGUCAAAUUCCUCACUGUAUGGAGCAAAACUCCAGUCAAAUGAUUAGGCUAUUGCACAAAGGGGGAUGGGCGGCUUUGGAAUAGACUGGUACGUAAGACCUUCCAACAUGCAAAAACAGUGGGCAAAUUAAGUUCUUUUCUGUAUCAGUGAUAAGUGAGGGAUUUUCUUAAAAUGUCCUGUAUUAUUAGCCUGUCCACAUUUGAGUACCAGUAAUUUAGUGCAUGCAUGAGGUAGAGUGAAGGCACCAGAGUGUGUGCAGAGCCUCAGAACAAAUUUGAAGUGCUAGAGAACUAAAAGGAAGAAAGAAUCAUCUGGGAACAUAUUUGGGAAUAAAUAGGUUUUUAAGUCGCUCCCCCUGUCAAAUCCAUAUCAUUACCAUCUCCAUAUCCACUAUACCAAUUAAUUUAACCCAAUGACAUCGAAGAUUUUAAUUGCUUGUUCAGUCAGGCUUAAGUAUCACUUUACAUCCCUCAUGUAUUAAUAGUAAAAGAUCCGAAAUUCAAUAGAAUGAUUGUAGACAUUGCGUCUUUGUCAAAGUAUGUCUAUACACAGACUGCUUCAACCCUGAAAAGCCAGUGAAAAAAGGCCUAAAGCUGGAGCAAAUCAACACAUCUGCAUGAUUAUUGUAGAACAUGUGACUGCAUGUCUUAUAGUAAUUCUAGACAAUCAUCCCUAUCCUGAAUAGCAAAAGACACGUUAUUGCCUAGGUGUAGCCAAAUGUAAGUUAGUGACCAGAUUUCUGCCUGAAAGAAGCUCAAGACAACCUGCUGCUGCUCUUGUUUGAAAACAUAAGUAGCCUCUUGAAAAUUUCACCAAAGAGUUGUCAACUAGUUUCCAAUAGCCCGGGGCUGGUGGAUUUUGCUAUGGGGCUAGUCAAUCCUGUUAUAAACUUGCCCAACAGGCAAGUUAAAAAUUAAAUGAAGUUUUAACGAAUUCAAAUUACAGCAAAAGUAUUAUGUAAUGAAUCCUGCACAUCAAAACAUUUUUGGGGCUAGUUGAACUUGCUAGUUUUGGGCUAGUACAUGCUAGCUACAGUUGCCCGAAAGGCAAGCAGUAAAACUGACUUUCUUUGCACCCUAUGACAAACUCUGCAAACUACAUGAUUUGUGCCAGAAUGGUAAAUUGCUAAAACAGAAGUGCACACGCAAUUUUUUUCUCAUGUACCUAUCCCCACCACCUUGCGCUACAACCGGUUGCGAAAGAACUGAGACACUUUAUUGUAUUUUUGGCAUUUUGGCCUGUCCAUGUCCCCCCUCCACCUCUUAUCACAGUUGCUAGCAAUACAAGACCAUGCUCAAAACUUGGAGGAACAACUUUGAAUGGAAAGGAGGAGGGAGGUCAGUAUUAUGUCUCACAGACCUGUGACUAGCAGCGAUUUGAAGCAAGAAAGGUAGUUUUUUCUUCAGAGUUUUUCAACAGUUUUGCUUCUGGUUGUAGCGGUGAACAAAUUCCCUGUUUUUUUUUUUAAUUCAUAAUGUGCAUGACAGAAGCCCUGUGAACAGGCUUAAUUUAUUCCUGUAUGGUUUACCUGCAGUAUCAUCACAUUUACAGUGAAUGUCUUGACAAUUUGAAUUCUUUUCGUACGCAUUAAAAUUUUUUUUCAGAUAUUUCUUUGCAUCUCUGUCGGAGUUGGUGUAAUUGCUGGCCUGCUAGCACUGUGCUCUUUUUAUGUUGGGCUUUUUCUUCUUGGUAAUUAUGAAAAAUAUUAUUGUAGAUACCUCAUGGUCAGCAUUAGUAGAUGUAACUAAUGCAAGUACCUGCAAUUUCAUGAGACUUAAAUUUCAAUCGCGACAGCUGGGAAAUAAUUUCAAGCCUGGUAGCAUCACAAUAACAAUUGACUUCUGGUGAGACAAACAAAAUAAACUAACCAUAUUAUACAAAAGGAUAAAUAUUUUGUCCUUUCAAAGUAUUGUCUUUGAGAUUGAUUCCUAUUUGAAUGAAAGAAUCCUGCCAUUAAUAUUUGAACCUUUAAUUUUUUUGGAGAAUGUUAAUUCAAAUAAACUGUAAAUACCAAGCAUCGCUUUCAUAGGAGUUGUACUAACUGCGCAUUUCGUUGCUUAUAUUAUGUUUAUAGGAGCAAGCAUGGGAUGGUUUGUUGGCAUGGCUCUUCUGACCCUCCUUUACAAGCAUUCAGUGUACUUGUCUGAACACAGUUGGCUACCCUACAUUGUUCUCAGUGCAUUUGCCAUUGUGGGACGAAUCCUUAUUCUCUGCAUUCAGAAGGUAUGCCUUUUGCAUUUUGUAACCUUUAAACAUAGUCAACAAUAAUAAGAACAACAAAAAUUAAAAAAAAAAAACAUUAUCAUUUGUUUAGCAGGCCAAAGAAUGCCAAAAUUAUAUAUACGUAUUAUUUUAUGGAUUGGAAACUCCACCACGGGCAGCGUCACAAAGGUCACCUGAACAGCAUUUGUGGUCAAUAAUUAUCUAUGAUAAGUCCCUAGGGGAAUUAUUUACAAUUUACUGCAUUUCACAGCUGUUAGCUGCAGAUGCCCAAAUCCCAUUUUUGAUCUAUUUACAGGCUGUAAUAAUCAUCUCUACUUCAUUUAUGGGAGCAUUCAUGUUUGUCAAUGGUGUUGAUUACUUCGUGGAGAACUGCAAAGCCCUUUAUUACACUGUGAACAUCUUGCAUGGUGAGAGUCUAAUUAGACAAGAAACUGAACAUUAAUGAUGUGAGAGUUGUCAUCCGUGAUAGACUUGUCACGUGCAAAUCAUUAUAUACAAAGUCUUUGCAUUCAAAAAUGUUUUUUAGCAGAAAAAGUGGUUUUUAGUUUCCCAGACCUUUCAUUAUUAACAAAAACAACUUUGUAAACCUUUGCAAACUAUAAAGGUAAAAACAAAAUACAUACAGCCUCAUAGGAAUAAUAUUGACACAGUCUGCUUUGAGCAUCAGCCAUGUGCUAGCUAGUUUUUGUCAGCAUUAUUUUGUCCAUUCCAAAGGCAAAAAGGUAAUUAGAGCAAAUUGGCUGAUUGAAGCACGAGCUUUACUUUUAAUUUUUUUUGUUAAAUAGAUUGUUGGUGAGCUGGCAACUUUAAGGCAAACAUAUAAUAUUAAGCCAAAGCCUAAAAGCAGAGCUUAUGUGAAAUAUUGCAAAGUUUCUUAAUUUUGUACAUUUGAUUAAAACCUGCCAUUACUGCUGAAAUGUAGCUGAAGCUGCUCAUGACUCAUCAGGAGGCAUCUCUUUUAGAUUGAAUGGCUUGUUCCUAAAAUUUUACUUAAAUAUUAUCUGGAACUCAUUUGCCACAUUUACAAGUUAUUAUCUCAUCACCAUGAUGAUGUAAUAAAAGCCUCUUCACAUUCAGAUUUCACAAAAUUAAACUGGGCUUUUUAAUGGAUCUUAUGCACGUAGGUCAUCACGACAAGUCUGAUUUGCCACACUGUUGGUACACUUGGGUGGUGUUUUCAUUGAUUCCAAUCAUGUUCAUCGCUGGCAUGAUUGUGCAGUUUUGCAAGACUGGAAAGGACAGUGAUCACAGACAAGGUAAUGAUAAAAAAAGCAGACCAAAUCAAAAGAAUCAGCUGAUUUACUAUGGUUCUUCACAAUGAAGCUUUUAGGCUGCUGUCAUCCCCUGGACAAGGUACUAGAUGUCCAUGAUACUUAACUUUGGAUGGUAAUGAUGUCUUUAUGCACUUUCCUUUCAUUGUUCAUUUUCCUUGUCUAAGAAAACAAAGUGAUGGCAUUUUCAAGCACUAAAUAAACCUCCCAGGUUGGUUGAGAAUGCUUGUCAUUAUGUGUCAUAAUAAGUUAGAAUGCUUUUCCUAACUAGCUAGUAGUUGUAAUAAUAACAUUAUUUUGUUGCUGGUGGGCUGGCCUGAUGUUUCCCUCUCUUCAUCUCAAUGGGCGCUGUGAAACAGCAUAUUCAAUAAGAGAUCCAUUAACUAGACAAACCACACAAUCGAUCAUUAUUGGGCUGCCCAUGAGGGCAAUGCCUAAUAGAAAAAUGGAGGCCGCCCUGUCUGUGCAGCAAAAAGACAAAAUGGUGGUUAGAACUCCCAGAGGGCUUUGCAUGUCCCAUUCCAAUUUUUGCGGGGAGGGGGUAGGUCAUUUCAGGUCAUCUGGCGAACAGAUGUAUAAGUCAAUUUGGAACAAACACAAUUAUUGCGUGGAGUUAUUGGCCCUAUAUCUAGGCCAAAUGAUUGUCUAAAUAUAGUAUUCGAUGAUCAGGGUUUUCGGUAGCAUUUGGAAGUACCGGAUGCAGUGGUUCAGCUGGCGGCCGGAGGCACGAACUCCUAGGAGGGUCCAGGGGCUUGUCCCCUGGGAAAUUUGUAAAAUUGGACUCUCUAAAAUGCAAUUUCCUGCGUUCCCUGGACCGGAAUUGGGUAACCUGGAAGGUCUUUUAAGGUGUUAAAAAAAGCUCACAAAAAAAGAAAUAAUUGACUGAUUUGGCAAUUAUAAUUGUCAGCUGGCAGUAGUUUUUUUUAGUUGAUUCCAAAACGGACUCCAAUCAGAAAGAGUGUACGAAUCCCAUAUCUCUAGAGUCAGGCUCGAGAGCUGCUCUCUAGAGAUUGUCUUCAUCAGAUCCAAAGGCUGAGUCACUAUCACUGUUGGAAUCCACAUCAUCACAAUCGACUUGCAGAUUGCCCCGUCAAAUAGAAACAUAUUUACUUGGAUAGUUAGUAGGGCUUUAUGCAAUUUCUGACGUAAAUAAUUUGCUUUGCGAGUUUUAAUAAACAGAAAACUACUGUUUAAAAGUUUUUAAAACACCAAAAUUGACCCUUUCGCAUUUUGACAAUAAUUUCUGGAAUUUUCAGUUAGAUCAGACUAGUCACGUUAGUACUGUCAUGCUAUAUUUGGUGGCAGAGGGAUGGGGGAAAGGGGGAGUUGCAAUUGUAGAGAUGUCCCAGUUAAAAAUAAUGCCAAUCGUUUCUUGCUUCAAAAUGCUAUCUCUAUCCCAUUCCACGGGCUAGGAGUAGCUAUACACUCAAACCGGUAAAAAGUGUUAUUAUAAUCUAUACUUCCCAAAAUAAUAAACCACUGCAUCAUGCAGUUGGCAGCCCAAUGAACCCUCACUAUACAGAGGUCUUGUUAAUUCUGACAUGGCUCAGCAGCUGCUGUUCAUUAAUAAUAAUUAUUAUUUAUAAUCUGCUAAAGCCAGAGCAAAAUUUUCUGAUGUCAAUAUCUUUUAUGCUGUGAAUUGUGAACAUCGCUGUUGUAUGUUAGAGGUACGGUUGACUCACUAAGUGUAGGGUCUAAGUAGUUAAGGUUUACUAGAGGGUAAUUGUAUAAUGUAAAUGGUUCAUAAAAAGCAUGAAAAAUUAUUAGCUAGUGUUUUCAUUGAACCCCUGUGAGAAAUUCCUUUGAUCUGUCCCUUUAGACAGUAAAAACCUGCCACUAUGAACCAACAUUUUCCCGAGUUAGACAAAAUAGGUUCUCACACAUUGUAGCUAAUUGUAUUUAGUUGUAUUCAGCCCAUUUCUUUCCUAAAACCUGUAUACUUAUUCAAUUGCAGUGGGGGUAAUAAGGCACCUGUGUCUCCAAAGAGGAUCCUUAAUGUUGACUUAUCUUAUUUGUCCAAGUGUGCAGAAUUAUAGAUUUUAGAAAAUAAGAACCUGUUUCAAAUUUAAGGCUCAACAGAUUCUUGUAUAGAGGGGGCCUAACUGGCAAAUUUUAGCCUUAAAGGUUCUUAAAAACUAGGCUCUUAGUCGCAGGUUUUUAUCUGCAUAAUCUGGGUGAAAUGUUCUAAUUCUAUAUUUUCUCUGCAGCUUAUGCUCAAGGUGGACAUGUUCCUUCCUCAGCCACACCUAUGUAUAAUUUUCCUGGUGAUAAGGUAAUGAAAUUUCCUUAAUUUAUCGUUUUACAGUUUAGGAAAAAUGAACUACCAGGGUGCAAAGAAAAUCAUUUUUACAGCUUACCAUUCGGGCACGCUGAAGCUAGCAUUUACUAGCCCAGACGUCAUUUCAACUAGCCCCAAAAGCUUUUUGAUGAGCAGAAUUGAUUUCACAGUUCUUCUAUUAUUUGAAUUCCUCAAAAAACAUCACUUGCCUGUCGGGCAAGUUAAAAACAAUUCACUAGCCCAAUAGCAAAAUCCACUAGCCCCAGGCUAUCGGACACUACCUUAUUACAUGAAAUUUUGGCAAUUUUUAAAAAUCCUUAUUUAGCGGCUCUUUAAUUUAGCGAUUUUUCGUGAAUUUUGGAACAUAAGUCACUUCAUUUUUGCAAUUUCACGCACUGAAACUUUGGCGAAUUAAGUUAAUCAAAACUUUUAUGAUGACAACAGAACAUUCAUGCAUGUGACAAAAAUAAUCAUAAACAUCAAUAGCUUCAUUUAAAUCAAAACCAUAGAACAUUCUGAAGCUUAAUUUUGAACUAAAUAAACGACACACUGCAACUGUCAUAUCCUGGUGCUGUCACUCAUGUUUAAGGUACAUUGUCACACAAAGUCAAUGGUACAUAUCAUAAUCGACCAACAAAUAGCAUAUGGGUGUGAAACUGACCAGAUGGCAGAAUUUCAUAUCGUACUCACUUUAAUUUAGUGACACUUAAUUUUGGUGCUGCAGUAAUUUUAUUACAAAUAGUUAUAGUGUGUCCUGGACUCAUCUUGUGAAAAAUCAUGAGUCCCAGUGCACUGAACCAAUGAGUGCCAGUAAAAAAAAGUCUGAAAUUGAAAAUGCUUGGGUGUUUAUGUAACCAGACAGUUGAUCUGAACACAGACUCCAAAACUGUAAGGACUAUAUUUUAAUUAAUUAUGUAUUACAGUAUACUGAAAUUAAAAUAUAGUCCUUCUAUUUUAAAGCACAACAAGGGCUAAAAGCAAUAUGCAUCAUUAAACAACAGCCAUAAUAACUGGCACAGAAUUUACACGAAUGGGACGUUUCUACAAACACGCAUGUUCAGAUUGAUCAAUCGAUCUUUGCGUACUAUGGGACACAUCCCAUGAAUUUUUUUGCAUCUUUGGGGAUUUUUAUGCAUAACGGAUGCAGGAGGCAGAAGUAUCAAAAUCACUGAUUUUUAAUUUAGCGAUUUUCUUGCUCAAUUAAAGUGUCGCCAAAAUUUCGAGUAAUAAGGUAGUCACCACUUUUACUAAGUUGUACAUAACUAGCUGUGAUAGAUCUCAAAUGAAACAUAAAAUAAUAUUAGCCUGGCUACCUGUGUUCUUAUUUUAUUAACCUUGCAUAAAGUUAUAUUAUAGGAGAGAGCAAAGAGAGAGGGAAAGAUUUUGUUGUUUUUCCCCUCAUCUUGUCAGUCUCCAUGCCCUUACCCAACACUUUGCCUGCGACUAUCCUUAUACAUGACUAACACCUGGAGUAAUGCAGGUUAUGUAAAUAUUAAUGAUAUUAUUAAGGUUUAAUUAUUUAUACUACCAUUUUUACAAUAACUGAGCUAUUUCUCGUGCGCUGAUUGGGGGACAGUUAUGUUUGAAAAGAGUCAAAAACAGACCAUGGAAACGAUAUGAUGGUGCACAAGCAAUAUUCUCUUUCUUGCGUGCGCUGUGUUCCAUGAAAUUUCAAUAGGAAUGGAUGUCAGAACUGUCCAUGUUAUUGUAAAAAACAAAUCGACUACAAUUUUCCUUAGCCUGUACUCUUAUUGACCAAUGGAAAGGAUGUCAGAAUGUUAAAAACUGUGCAUUGAUUUGGCUAAUAAGUUGUCCCCUAAAUGACCGGCUGCAAAAGCCUACAUCAAGUUGAAUUCAACUGGAAACACUCUGUUUUUUUUUCGCGAGGGGGGGAGGGGUUCUAGAUUUGUUUUUAUUUUUCUAAAAGGGUCAUAUUUUACACGUUAACAUGUUUUCUGGUCCUUCUUAUUUCAGCAACCCAUUCUAACGGAUUAUCACUAAUCAAAAGAAGGUGAAGGAGACACGUGUAGCAACCUGUUUCUUUUCCAGAAUUUUCUAAGAUAAUCUAAGAACUAAAGGCAGACCUAUCAUUAGUUUUUUAAGUGGCUAACAACAAGUAGACACUGUCAGCAGAAAAUCAAACUUUGUUAGGUAAUAUAUGCAGUUUACUUUGUAGUAUAUAUGGACCUGCGUGUCCCUAAACCCUACUGAUGCCCAGACAGAGAAACUUGUUUUUUUUUUCAGGGGCACCCAAAUAGAUGUUUUAAGCCACAUUCUCUUUUUUUUUUCCUUUUAUUAAUUCGCUAUUUGUAUUUUUUUAAACCCCACUUUUUGUUGUAAUUAGCCGAAAAAAUAUUGUGCCUUUUUCUCAACCAAUCAGAAGCGUACGGAAAUUGAGCCAAUCAGAAGCAAAACUAGGGCCGAUAGUGAUUUGCUAGCUCCCGUUUCCCUGCAUUCGGUGACUGAGUGCUACACACAUUUACUUAAGCCUGAUUGGUUUAUUUGACUGUCGCCUCUUACGAUGAUUGGUCACUGUAGUAAGUAUCGUUUUGUUUUCGAAAAAUUAAAUUAAGUUUUAUUUGACUUUUCAUGAAUAAUUCGAUCAAUCAGUUUCUUUGGAGUGUACAGGCUGCGUUCUCCCUUUCUUGCUCAAAAUUUUCUUGUAAUGAAGUUUGAGCACAUGAAUAAUUUUCUGGGUGUUGUUGAUAUCUUCAUGGAACAAUCCUCUGUACCUAAAAACUUAAAAAAGUAGGUAAUAAACAGUUAUAACACUAUUAUGACACAAUUAUUGUAUUCAGAAAAAGCUAGCAGAGUUUAAUAUAUACAAAGCACAAAGGAAAAGAGCACAAACAGCUGGUUAUCUCACGUGACUUUGGCAAGAGAGACUCACUGAAGUCAACCAUUAAAUGGCCAGAAAUCUUUUAAGUUGUUUGAAGUAGAAGAAGAUACUUUUAUUUAGCUAGGGUAACUCCUACAGUUAGAAAAACUGAUAUCCUUAGAGGCCCUAGAUAAAGAAGAAAUAUAAAAAUAUGUUAAAAAUACUUAAAACUAGUCCUAACUAGGCUAAUAGAAAAAUAUCCUUAAAAAAGGAUAAAAACUAUUACAAACCAUUAAUAAAAACUACCAAUUACGAUUAAAAACUUUACAUCCAUGAUAAUAAAAAGCUUUUUUCGUACUUUCUAAUUUGAUGGAGGGAAGACGGAGAUGAUUACUUUGCCGCGUUUUUCUCUGUACGAUAUCUCUAUUAAGAUAAAAGUAGUCCAUUAAAAAUUGCGGGCAGCGCUUAUUUAGACAUUUCUUCACAAGGUUGAACGCGUGAAUCUCCCGUCUAAGCCCCAGCGUAUCAUAUUUAAGGUGAGCUAGCGCUUCAUCACUGUUGUUGGUUUGCAUGAAAAUCCUUGCCGCACGUCUGUGUAAUUUUUCUAUAUUAUCAGCAUUCGUGCGUCCGCAACAGUUCCAAACGGUAUCACAAUAAUCAAGAACAGGAAGAAUAAAUGAUCUGUAAAUUAUACCAGCCUUAUGCAUACUAAUGCUCCGCCUGGUGCGGCCAAGAAUUCCUAUUCUCUUACUAACUUUGCUUAUUAAAUAAUUCACGUGCUCGUUCCAUGAAAGCGACUCAUCCAAAGUUACUCCUAAGUAUUUAUACUCAGCAACCCGUGUUAGCUCCUUGCCAUCGAUAUUCACAGAGAGAUUAGCAGUUGCUAACCUAGAAACAAUACCAAAUAAAACGCAUUCUGUUUUGCCUAGGUGAAUAAAAAGACUGUUGUCUACAAGCCAGUCAUUAACCUUGGCAAGUUCACUGGUAAGAGUACUACUGAUUUCUUAGGCAUUACUAGCGGUGAAAUACAUAACUGUAUCGUCAGCGUACAUCAGAAUCUGGCAUCACUCUAGAGUUAAAGGCAGAUCGUUUACAAACAGGACAAAGAGUUGAAUUGACCCUUGAGGCACACCCGAUGUAAUAAGACAUGGAUCAGAGAUUUCUUUACCAAAACUCACGAGAUGUUUUCGGUCUGUUAGGUAGUUUCGGAACCAGUCUAACUCAAUGUCCUUAAAUCCAUAUGACUCUAGUUUGCUAAUAAGUAUUUCGUGAUCAACAGAGUCAAAUGCCUUGCGCAAGUCAGUAAAUACCGCCCCAGUGAGCAAUCCAAAGUCCAAGUAAAAAGAGUUAAUUUUCUUUUGCUAGACACAGUUUAUCAUGGACGCCUCAUAAGACUUUCACUUUUCUUGUCUUUUGGCUAAUGAUCGUUGUACACCUGUUUCUAAUCCCGGAUUGUAGUAGCCUCUGAACGGCAGACGUUUCGAUCUCCUCGCUCAUCGCCGCUGAGGGACGUUUCGCGAGGAGGAACGUACGUUCCUCUCGCGUAACGUCCCUCAGCGGCGAUCAGCGAGGAGAAACAUCUGCCGUUUGCAGGCUAGGAUUGUAGCCGUACAGUCCCAUCUAGGGGUUUUGGUUACUGGGUUAUCUUUUCGCUUUACCCAAGUAGAAAGUAUUUUAAAUCACAGGAAUACGGGCAGUAUUCUGCGUUUGAAUACAAAUUUAAGGUAUUAGCUAACAACGCCUUUUCGCCAUGAAAAUCGGCUUUAUUGGUAUCCAACUUCCCUCCUGGCCGGGCCUGUGGCAAGUAGCGUCGCAUGCAGACCUUGUUAAGGCUUGCCGAGUUGCUUGUUCCUUUUCUAAAAAAGUCUGCAUAGAAGCUGGCUAGCUCCUAAUUGAUCUCAAAGUUGUUUUACAGCGGAUUAUUAUUAUUUUUUUAAUUUUAACAAAAAGUCAUUCUUUUUCUUAUGUAAGGAAAAGAAUUUUUUGAUUAAUUAUACAAUGUAGUUGUAAAACUCUCCAACACCCCCCUGCCAUUGAGAUCCCCUUGCACAGGUCAUCCGUUUGCUUAUUUCUUGUACAGUGGAACCCCGUUAAUACGAUCACCAAUGGGCCAAAAACAUUUGGCCGAAUAAACAAGGGUUUUUUUAACAAGAAAAUGCAUGGCGGUUUUUGCCAGGCGGCCAAAAAAAGUGGCCGUAAUAUAUUACCGAGGUGGCCGUAAGGUGGGGUUUCACUGUACCACGACAAAACGGGGGCUUAAGUUUUUUUAGGGAAAAAUAGGGAAAGGUUCUCAAAAAACUGUUGCGUUAAUAUAGAAUUUUAGGCUAUAGCAGUUCUGAAGAAGGCAUCGUAGGCCAAGUAAAAAUAAAAAACAAACAAACAAACAAAUGUUUCUCGUCUGGAUUUGUAUAAAGAGAACGACAGUCAAUUGAAUACUUUCUUUACAAAUCAUUACUCUAAACAGGGAUAAGUUGGAGUUUUUCGGUCAAAUAUUGAUAAAUGAUUAACACACAAAUUUGGUUUAUUUUGGACAUGUUUUAAACAACGUGAUGCGUCAUACGAUAAAUAUCCCAACAGGUAGGAGGCCGGCUUUAAAAACGUCAGUGUAAUAAAGAGAUGAGUGUAAGUUUUAUGAAAAGUAACUCCUGUUACACGGGAUUGUAGAAUAAUCUGCGUCGAAAGUACGCCUGUUGGCGAUGAUAAAGAAAGUCGGCCCCCAGAAAUGAAGGGGGCAGGGAUAAGAAACAUUUGUGUUUGUAUUUCUUGUUGUCGUUGUUUUUUACUUGGCCUUAGUGAUGCAGAGGCGGAUCCAGGAUUUUUUCUUAGGAGGGGGUGCACUCGUCUCUUGCUCUACUUCAACACCAAUAAAUCACAUAGUUUUUUUUUCGCAGAAUACCAGUUGUAUUAGAAAACCGCAGGUCAUCUCAGGCGGUGGGGGGCGCACCCCCUGCACCUCCUCCUAGAUCCGCCCCUGUGAUGCAUUUUAAUAGACGAUUUUUAAGUUAUGUCAAGAGCCUAUUAUGAUCUCUUGGUUAUGUACUUUUCAAUUUCUUCAUAGAAAGAUAGUAGUCUGUGUUAAUGGAAACACCGUGGUUGAUUUUUUGUGGCAUUAUUUUAAGUGUAUCUAUUAACACAUAAAUUUCUCAUGAAAAUGUAAUUUUUGAGACAAUUACUGAUUUCUGCUAAAAACAAAUAUUAUAAGAGUUGUUAUUAAAAAUCAUAGAAUAGUGUAACAAACAAAUUCCAAAACUCAAAAGAAAACGAUUUUAAAUUUAUCGAAUAUCGCAAUCGCUCGAACUUUCAUGAUCAGGGAUGUUAAUCAGUAAAAAGAAGUUCGGUUAUGUAACAAAAGGUAGUGGUUUUGUUAUUGUUGUAGGGUUUUUUGUGUAGUUUGACUUGGACUAGGGGUUUCGUUUGUUUUUGUCAAAAACGAAAUAAACAGUUUACGUUUAGGAUGUUUUUUAACGGUCAUACAGUAUUUUUAAUGUUACCUUAGAAAUUCAUAUCGAAUAGAUUAAUUGAAAGGGGACUCUUUUCCUAUCCAUGAUCUUUUUUAUGUCGCAACAAAAAGGUUAUUGUAUGACUGAGGUUUUUCGGUUCGUUACCCUUUUUCUCCGCUCAGCGGAAUAUGGUUUUUGACUCUGUCAAUCUGAAUCAGAGUAAAUGAAAAUCACCAUUCCUCUCUCGGAAACUUGCUUUUAAACGGCCUUUUAGUUAGAGUGGAUUUCAGUUUUAACUAGUGUAUGCCACUGGCGUCCUGGUGUGGCUCCAUUCGUUCGCCCAAAUAGGACAGCUUGAGUGUUCACUGGGCGCGAUCCAUUCAACCAAAAUUCAGACCGGUCCGACCGGGAAAAGAGGACCACCUCAAAAGGUAGACCUGUUUUUUCGAAACUUUUCCGGUUCGACGGAACCGAUCCAUUGAGUUUUGGACCGAAAUUUCCGGAAAUUUUGUUUGAAUGGAUCGUGCCCACUGAAUGCUUGCUAGCAGGCUAGACGGGAAUAUAUGCAUCCUGACCAAGAGCCAAAUAUUUCUCGUCCGGGCUUACCUAGCCUGAGAUCAUGCCCUCUCCCUAUUAUCCCUUUAUGUCUCUCACGGGAAGAGGGCAUGAUACAUUUCUUUGUCGGAUCACAUGUAAAAAUGCCAGAAUCUGGACUUUUUUCUGAUUGGAUAGGAAACAAUGCGGAUGAUUUGCGCUGUUCCGAUUGGCCAAAAUGACGCCAUCCGUUAGUUGUUGUUGAUUUCAGUCUGCAUUUUUGCUUGCGUAAUAAGCAGUGAAUACACACGCGAGUUCGUUAGAAAUGAAAUUUCUGCCCGCUCAGUUUUCUUGAAUUUGAAGAAUGCCUGAAUAGAAGUUUCAUCCAUUGAAAUAUUGACCAGCUCAUCGUAUACCAAAACAGUUGCAGUUAAAACUUCACCGAUCAUUUGAAUGCAAUUUGAUACCGGCAACAAGUUACAGAAGCGACAAACGGGUUCACUUUUCAAAUAAUCAAUUCAUGAAUGGAAUCUUGACCUGGUUUGACUGUAUUUCCUCCUUCAGAAAUCAUGCUGCGAAUUAUCCUGAGCGAUCUUCGCUUUCACAACACCUUUCAGUUCGUGAAAUAUGGUGCUUCAGCCUAAUUUUUUUUCCACUGCUUUCGUAGUACAGAACGAAGUCAACGAGCUUUAACCAGUAAAUUCUUUGUUAUUUGUAGCUAUUCACAAAGGUACGACAGCUCCAGAGUAUUUCAUCACAAAAACAACACAUUAAUUUUUUUAAAUUAUUUUUUGCGAAGCGCCAUCUGAACACGGACGUACUUAAAAUUUUUUUUUUCCCCUAAAACUGAUCAUGAUUUCAAAAGAGACAUUAUUCGCGCCAAAAUUUGAUUCCCGUUUGGUAAACGCUUAUUGGCUAAAAACAUGACAGGUCAAGCAAACGGUAGAUCAUGUAAAUUAGGGGGCGGUUGACUGCUUGUUAAAUAAAUGUAUCAGGCGUUAUUUUUUUUCCCUCUCGAGCCAAAGAAGCAAAAAAAAAAAAAAAAAAAAAAAAAAGACGCCUGAUCUCAGGUUAGGGCUUACCUAAAUAGGUCGAUAAUGAUAUGACCAUUGUGUUUUUGAAUUUUUCUGACGGAGCGUAUUGAUUUUUCUGACGUUUGUAUUUUCGAGCGCUUUUCGGGACAUUUUUUCGUAAAGUUUUCUUAGAAUAAGAUUGUAACGGAAAAAAAGAUCCUUGUGCCGUGGUUGGAUGUAAUAAUGAUCGCCUUUUUCCCGAGAAAUAUACAGUGAAAGAUCAUAUUUCUAAUGCUAAACUAGAAAAAGACGAUCAUUAUUACAUCCAAACACGGCACAAGGAUCUUUUUCCCCAUUACAAUCUUAUUCUAAGAAAACUUAAAGAAAACAUGUCCCGAAAAGCGCCCGAAAAUACAAACGAAAUGUGCUCAUGCCCCCUGGGCAUACUAUAAUACUCCUUAAAUCGAAUUAAUUCAAUAUGGCCGCCGUAUCGGUAAAAAGGUCUAUUGGUGAGCACAUAGUACGUCUAUUUGUCGUUCAUAAAGCCACUGAAGGUAGAAAAGGAUGUAAAAGAGAUAACUGCGCAUCCACAAAUCCAGCUUCGAAGUGGCAGGGUAUUCAGGGGCACACAAUGGAUCUGUUCCUCAAAAUAUCUGUUCUUCAGGCACAUUUUUGCUGGCUGGGAGAUGUGAAAGAAAUAAUAGUCCUUGGAAGGAAAGUGUUGCUGGGAAAAAGAUAAUUCAGGAUGUCAGAGGGGAUUUGAAGUCUAGAAUAGCUGCUACGGGUUACUUGUAUGGGUUACUUACCACUCAAGAUCUGAAUUGUGCCCUAUGAAACUUCCCAGUAAGUCAGGUUGCAGGUUGUAAGGUUGCUGGCUGGGAACUCUUCCAUCAGUCUUGCUGGGAGUGAGGAACAGAUAAUUUUUUUCCAGCAAUCUCCCAAAAUGCUUAAAAUAGUCUCAGAAAACUUUAUUCACGCUUUGUUGUUGUUUUAAGGUCUUUUUCUCAAAAUUUCCCGUUGGGUGCCCCUGGGUAUUCUGCAGUUCCGUACUCCAAACCCUCAUUUACAAAGGUUAGUUUUACGUUAAUUUAUAGCGCACCACUACUUUUCCGAUUUUUUUUUUCGCAUGGCUCGCUUGCUUGCACUCUCGUCCAAACUGGAGAUUGCUGCCGGAGAAAUGAUCAGGUCGGAGAACAGAGUUUUUUUUUUCAAAUUGGAGCUGCUGUCAUGUUCUUAUGAGUAAAAUACAACUUACUAUAAUAAUAAUAAUGAGCUGAUGAAAAGUUGCGACUUUUAGAUAUUUCGAGCAACAGCAAUUUGUCGUCUAUCCUCAAUUUUGUGAUUCUAGUCGCAUCCGUCUGAAGUUCGCCAUUGGGAAUAUGGCAUCUUUUUCCUUAGGAGUAAAUGAAACGAAAAAUACGGCAUUUUUUUCUACUUCAAGUGUGCAUGCCAAGAACGUCGAAACUGUAGGCUAAUGGCACACCGGAAGAGAGAAGAAAAUGAAAAGAAAAAAACCCUUUAAUUAACCUGAUAGUUUACUGACCGAUGUCUGAUUUUGGGUUUUGGCUGGUAGCCGUGCAUGUGGCUCUCGGUUGCAUAAAUUACUAAGUCUUGCAUUAUUCAGUUGCGCGCGCAACUGACAAUCAACCAAAUUAGCAAGGAAGGCAAAGCCGGCUUUUAUGACUUAAAAACAACACCGCAUAUGAAUUGAGCGGGUAAAUUCAACGUCUGCAUCAUGGAAAACUUAGAGCAUUUGUUUGGGAGUUAAGAACCACGAGGAAGUAAACGGAAGGAGCGAUAAAACACUAAAUUUUCACUGGCAUCACUCAAUCAACAAAAGGCAGGCGUGUGAUGGAUGAAUUAUUUACACUGUUAUACAAGAAGGGAUAUGCCUCAAAGAAAUUGCAGUGUUUUGAAGACGUAAGUGGAGGAUUAAGCGUUGGCCAGGAUAGUCCAUUUUGAGAUUUGUCAUGUUAUGACCGUUUUCUGCGAAAUUACAUCAUGAUCAUUUUCGUGAUUUUGUCACGAGAUGUCAGUCACAUCUGUGUCCCAUCCUGUCACGCGUGAGUGCUGCCUGGUUUGGACAAUCGAUUUUGGAACAUUGGAACGGUCAGAGGCUCUGGAAUUCUUGGACAUUCAAUUGUUACAGAUGAAUGAAAGAAUCUCAGAGACAUGAGGAAAUUUCAAUACGUUAUUCAUCAUCCAGACAAGCAUUUAGAUCCGUUCUUGUUGCGUGAUCCAUAGAUGCAAGUUUAUUUUUUCCCCCGGUCUAUUGUAGAUCUUUUCCUUAAUGACCUGUUAAAAUUUGAAGGCCAAGGGGUAGCAAAGCAGUAUUUGUUAAGGUAACUUCAGCUAAUUUCUUAGUCAGUCUUCUGCAUAUUUAAACGUGUUUUGAACGAUGUAAGUGUCAAACCUUGGAUGUGAACGAUUUCACCGGACAUCGCCGGUCGAAAAAUUGAGAGAGCAGUUCCAGGGGACCGACUGCUCAGAUCAAAGGGUAGUCUCUCUUAUUUCCUUGAUGUAAAGAGUAGGGAAAAAAUUGUUCAAAUAUGCAUCUUCGCUAGCACAUAGCCGGCCCCGAGUUGGAAGGAAAAAUCGCUUGUCAACAAAACUUGAAUGACUCAGUGUUUUGGCGCGCUGAGUACACCACGUGACUAUAAAUUAUGACGUGUCCGGUAAGCUCUUUGCUGGGGGUCGUUCGAGAAUUCAAAAGGGCGGCUUUCGCUCUGUAGCGAGCCGGACGGAUCCUUGAAGAAAGGCGGAAUUUACGAAGAAUCUUGCGCCGUGCAUGGAAACGCAAGGCCAUCCGACAAUCCAAAGCUUGCAGAACCCUCUAACGAACCUUAUCGAACGGUAUGGUCCGGUUAUUAUUGGGUUCUUGGGCUUGUGAAUUGUGAUCUUCGUUCGUGAAUGGUUGUGCGUGGCACCGCCAAAAUGGCGUUGGCAUCGUAAGAUGGCGUUGAAGUGACGCGGACUUUUUUCUCAUUCACAUAGACAUUCUGACUUCUCCUUAACUAGCGUAAACCAUCUCUAAAGUUAAUUUGCACUUUUCUGUGCUAUCUUGGAGGCUAGUUAGGUAAAUUAAAGGGCAAAAUUGACGAGGUUGUAUUGCAUCACCUCUAGGCCCAGCGCAGCUUUACAGUCUGGUCUCAGUUAUGAACGUAGCUCUGUCGAUUCAUUGAAUGGAUUACAAUCAGAGACUAGCCCUGAGGGGCUCGGGAAGCGAGUAAGGCGUUUAUCCCACAAGUACGACGAUUUUGAACAACAAACAGUGGUAAAUAUUACUCUAAUCCAUUUCAUAGUACUUCGCUAGCUUUUGCUCGAGAGAAGCGUCCUAAAAUUUAAAUAAAUGACUUAGAUUUAAAUAUUUGUUAACACAGGAAAGUCAAAUAAAUUCUGCUGGAACUGUUGUUCUGUUUUAUAUGUCCUUUGUAGCGAGGAAUGGCCCAAACACCGACUACCGGGCAAGAGCCUAAAACUUCUCGCACGACCAACCAACUGCAGUAUUUGUCGAAAACGAUCAUGAAAGCGAUGUGGCGACAUCCAUAUGCCUGGCCGUUUCACGAACCGGUGGACGCCGUGAAAUUAAAUUUGCCGGUUAGUAUGAUCUGAAAUUCAGAGUAUUUUACGUCUUCUCUUACUCUGUGAGUAACUAUUGUUGUUGAUUGAGAUCUUGUGGUCUUUCAGGAUUAUUACACCAUCAUAGAACGUCCCAUGGACAUGUCUAAGAUCAAGAAAAAGCUAGAAAACCACGAGUACACUUGUAGUCAAGAGUGCAUUGAUGAUUUUCGUCUUAUAUUUAAUAACUGUAUGACCUACAACAAGCCUGGAGAGGUAAGCUUUAGGUUGAUCGUCAUAUUUUGCGUGCUGUUGUGGGGAAAUUGUCAGAUUUUUACUUUCGUGUCUUCAUUGAGGUGGAGAGGAAGUGGAGUUGGCUUGCAUAUGUAGAUGUUGCUCGAGUUUGACAGCAUUGUCUUGUGUGCUUGCUUACACUCACCACAGUAUGAAAUACAGUUUAUAAUAUACUAAGAUACUUCAGCUCCUCUCCACUGCAAUGCCUUUUUUUACAGACAAGUAAGCUUAAACAUGGUUAUCCGUUGUAUAUUGCUUAUCUUCUUGAGCGUGGUUUGAGUGAAAUAACAGGAUUAUCUUUUACAAAAAAAUUCUUGCUCCAUGUCGAUCCGUUUUAGUAAGACUCCUCUUUGUUUGCCUUCACACCAAGCUGUAAACAUGGCAAAAAACUGUCAAUAUUGCUUCUCAAAGUGGGACAUUUUAGAGAAGAUAUUGAAUAUUUCCGGUGGUUAGAUGAAGCAAGACUUUUUGAGGCAAUAAAUUGUCAUAUCAUUAGGGAACUUGAGCUAGGAGUAGGAGAUUAAGUACAGGUAUAAGUAUUCUUUAGAUGGUUGUUAUGGUGACAACCUUUCCCUUGAUGUCUUUUUAUGUGCCAGCUAUCAACAGGAAGGAGCAAGCUGCCUGUGGCAUGACUUGCUCAUAAUUGCAAAGUCGUUAUUUUGGAUUCAAUCUCAUUGUCACAUCCUAGAGGCCCUGUUGGUGUAAAAUUCCGACAAGCAACACGUUAUUGAAACAGCUAGAUAAAGUGAAAUGUCGACAAGCGACAUAAAAAUGGGAUGAAUAUCGACAGGAACAUGGCCUACUCCUCAAAUUGCAAAUCGACCAUAUUUAAAAAUUCAGACUAGAGACAUGUGUACCCUCCCCCCCCUAAGAGGGCCUCAUUUAAAGUUCACUAUCGAUACCAGCUGAACAAUCAUCCCGCACGGGCACCUAAAACUUAUGAUUCUGGUGGCAAUAGCCUCUAUGCCUACUUCCAAUAAACAAACAAUGGAAUUCCCUGCUUAUUUUGUGCUUUUGAGAUGAAAACGUAAUACACUGGUUGUCGACUGUAGGCAAAAAAUUUCUGCUGAUAAAAGUACACAAACAAGCACUUUUCGUUAAAUUGGAAACUCAAGCGAAUAGAGUUUCAAGAUGUGUGAAUCAAGUUUCUAGCAUCUUUUACUCAUUUAAGUUUACCGGUCAAUGGGAUCCUAGAAAUGUGGCUUGGGCUCCUAACUUUCGAUUUUAGGGGCCCAAGGGGCUCCCAAAAAAAUUUCUUAGGCAGCAGCUUUGCAUCCUCAUAAACUAGUAAAUAUUUUCAUUUGAAAACAAAUUGCUAUGCUGUAUGGAUGGUAAAACUGACAUAACUGCUGUUGCUAGGGUAGAAUGAGAUAGGUGGGCAGUUUCCCAGGAAUGUAUAAUGAUCCAGUUGUUUUCAGUUCAUUACAGGGGUGGGGUGUAAAGAGGAGUCUUAUUGCAGAGACAACAGAAUAUAUAAAUGAAUAAUGCCUCAGUUUUAUUGAUAUGGUCUCAUUAUAGUAAUGUCCUGCUGGGAGAGAGUAUUUUAGUUUUCCUUUGAAUUGUUAACCAGUGUGUUUAAGUUGAUAUUGAGUUUGUUUGAUUUGCCAAGUUUGUUCUUUAAAAUAUGUACUGGCAUAUGUCUCUUUUGUAACAAAGGCUGAUGACACUUGCAUGCAACUUUCAGCUUAUACAAUUUGUUGCGAAGCAAGAAAUUGUAGUCAUGAGUGUCCAAUGUAACAACACUCUUUACAUUAGCUAGUUCAUAUUUUGAGAUGCUGUCUCAGUUAUAUCAAAAGUAUUGAAGUCUCUUUUCCCUUUUUGAAUAAUUAACUGAACAUUUUAAGGAAGUUCUAAGGAAUUGUUCAUCAUCAGAAAACUCCUGUUAUGGAAAGCAACAACUUGACAACCCACUACCAAUAGGCCAUUUCACAACAUACCAUUAACUUUCUUAAAUAGCUGUUUGGGUAAUGCUUUAUGUGAACCUUACUUUUGCAUUAUCUUUAGCACACAAUUUAUGUCAGUUUGUCAAAAAUUUGCAAACUCAGUUGUGCUACAUUCAUUUUGGGUGAAGUGUAGUUUAGUACCUUUGUCUUUUUUUAAUAUGUCCAGGAGUUUGUCAACCAGAGAAGUGCGUUUAGGGUUCUCGAUAGAAGCCGGCACCCGGCGAUUGAUUACCACCUACUUUGGAAUUUGUAGCCGCUUACUUUGCAUUUUAUUUGCUGCUUUCCUCUUCUUUGUUUGAUGUCAAGUCUUCUACCUAUCUCUUUCAUCUGAUUUUGAGUUGUCCUUCUCAUACAUGUAUAUUAUACAAAAAAAGCAAAACAUUUGAGAACAAAGAAGUAAAUUUGCUUUUGCUUCGCUACUUGACAACCGCCAUUUUUUCAGCCACGUAAACAUCUGGAUAUAUGACAUUCACUUUGGCCCAGCCCUUCAUUAGCCCUACAUCAAUAGUCCAACACAGGACUGCCAUUACAAUCAAUGGUCCCAUGCUUGAUUCUCCUGAAUGUAACAAAUCAUUUGUAUCAGCUGUUACUCUCUGGAAGAAGAAGGAAACUCCCUGCUAAAGUUUCGAAGGAAACUGGAUCAACAGCUUUGGCAGUUCAAUUUUCAGUAUGUUGAUUCAGCUUGUCAGACAGAUGCUUAUAAGAACACUAUGGAGCAUUCAGAUUCUAUUUGUCCUGAUUUGUUCGCUGAUGCUGUGGACACAAGUAUUGAUAUUUUAUCGGCAUUGGGACUAUCGAAAUGCCAGGAAGACAGUUAAUGUGAUUCUGACUUCCACUCAGACUGUAACUAACUUCACUCUCAUAUCAUUACAUGCUGUUGCAGUGCGCCAAUGUUCAAGUUUUACUUUGGUCAGUUACUAAAGAGACACAUGGCAUCGCAAAGAAUACAUUAUUGAAUUUGUAAAAGGAAUAAUAAUUUAUUUUUCUAAGCAUGAGAAUUACAGUAUACAAAAUUACACUGUUUUCCAUUACGUAGACCUCAAGUGGAAAGUUUUUGCCCCUGAUAAAAGUUUUUCAAACACUUUGACAAAAUGUGGUGUGUAGUUAUUCCAUGUUUCCAAAUUUUCUUUGUGAACAUGCCUCAGACCCCUCCCUUUGUCACAGCCACCUUCUUAAGGUUGGCCAGAAGCCUACUUCAAAUCCUAUUGAGAACCCUGUAAGUUAGAAGGACUCUUAUAUCAGAGAUAAACCAACGGCUAGUGCAAGCCUCCUAAACGGACUCUGAAUUCUAUUGUGUCUUUGGAACAGAAAACGGUCGUAAUAAUUAUGUGUUAUAGAUUACCAUUUGCCUUUAGGUCAUUUCACAUGCAGUUUGUGCAAAGCACAAAAUGUAUUGUGAACAUUAGGUUACAUGAAGUUAUACCCAACAGCAAUUUAAGAAUAUCAUGAUAUUUUUUUACAGUGGCCUAUGUGUGUUCCACUCAUUAUAUGCAUAAAAAAACAACUAAUAGUAAAAACUGGUGUGAAGAUUACUGAGAUCCUGGCUUAUGUUUCUAGUAACUCCACGUAGAUGUACUUAAGUGGUAAACACCAUGUGUGUGCUUGUUUUCAAAUUUGCUUGUUUCCAGAUAUUCUGCUGUGUCCAUGGGGUAGUGAAAGAGGCAGGUAAAAAAGUCGGACUGGAUCAACUCGGACCGCCAGUCUGGGUCGGAUCAACUCGAAUCAACUCGGAUCGAACAAAAAAUAAAAAUAAAAUAACAUUGGACUCGGAUCAACUUGGAUCAUCAAAAAAUCAACUCAGAUCAUAAAAAGAAAAAUAAAAUCAGUCGCCGUCACUUACCUUUCACCCGCCAUUUUGUUUUUUUUCUCAUGAACUCGUAGUUGCGUAAAUUAAUUUUAUUUUUAUUUCUAUUAAUUUUAAUGAUACUCUAGCGAGCAGCACACAUACACUUCCAGUGAACAUUUUCAACUUGAAAGAUGGAGAAACCAUGCUCACCCGGGACAACGGAAAUUUUAGUACCCCCGGCGAGAAUCGAACUCUCGACCCUCUGAAUACUAUAAAGAUCGGACGUUCUAAACACUGAACCGGAGGGUCUCAAGUUCGAUUCUCGCCUGAGUUACUAAAAUUUUCGUUGUCCCGGGUGAGCAUGGUUUCUCCUUCUUUCAAGUUGAAAAUCUCCGCUGGAAGUGUAUGUGUGCUGCUCAGUAGUGUAUCAUUAAAAUUAAGUUUCAGAAGUCCUCCAGAAAAAAACAAACAGGAACAAACAAACCAACACUCUUCGGUAACUAUCAAAAUGCGAUCAACAGACCAGGCUUUUGAUGCCUUUCUCAUAAAUAAUUCAGUACACUAAAAAAUAAGCAAAUAUAUACAUUCUAGGCGACUGAAACUAUCAUUUUCUUUGGAAUGAAUAAAUGGUCGAGAUUUUACCUUCCUCGAGGACAUCCAUAUCUGUGUCCUUGAAACAGAACGCACGCAUUGUGUAACGCAACCACGAGUUCGUAACAUGAUCUGAGAGGAACUGGCACUAGUAAAACAAAAUGGCGGCUGAAAGCCACGGAGAAAAAAAGGAUUAUCUGGCCUUUUUUACCCUCCAAAUGGGUUAAAUUUUCGGUUUUGCUAAUUUAAUUUGUUUAUUUUUCGUUCAUCUGAGUCCAAUUUUAUUUUAUUUUUGUUUUUUUCAUUCGAUCCGAGUUGAUCUGACCCGGACUGGCGGUCCGAGUUGAUCCAGUCUGACUUUUGUACCUGCCUGUAGUGAAAGUGUUGAUCAACUGAGCUGGUAAAAUCAUCUUACCACCAUAAAAAGUUAAAUGCUAGUCCUUUGUCGAACCCAAUCUUUGUGUUUUUAAAUUUGGCUUCCUGUGUUGUCAUUUUAGUUGCCAUGGUGCCUAAAAUGAUCACGAAUUAGGUGAUAAUUUGUGCAGUAUGUGAAUGAGAAAGCAUCAGAGUGCAUCUACUGAUCCAGAGAGAUCUUUGGUUUAAAAGAGAAAGGGUUCUCUUGGUUAUUUUGUUGAGACCCACCUGAGUUGAUUAUUGAGUUCUAAAAAGGGCAAUAUCUUUUAUCACAGGAUGUUGUUCUCAUGUGCCAGGCAAUGGAGAAGGUGUUUAAUCAGAAACUUGCUACCAUGCCUCCUGAGGUAACUAAAGAAUACAAAUUAUUAACAAAGUUUAAAAAUUCAGUGUUUGUGGGAUGAGUUGUGGAAGUGUAAUUCUUUAUGGAAAAAUGCAUCCUGUAGACUUCCAGUUUCUUUUAUCUGCAGUUUUUGGUAAAUGAUAAUGAAAGAAUAUUAUGUAAUAAAUGGCCUAUUCUAAUAUAUGAGCUUUGGAACAGGUGCCAACAAGCAGGACCCACUGUAUAUCGCCCUUAAACUAAGUCAUGCAUCAUUUGCUUACCUGAAGCAGCAAUGAAGCCUCCCCUGGAGCUCCUUGUGACUUACUUUUCUCCUUCAGUGAUUAGAGAAGCUUAGUCUUUUGCACAAAGCUCAAAUGCUUGUCACCCUUAUUUCAUAGGUUUAGAGUUUUAAGCUCCGUAAAUACAUAUGUCCUUUUGAGAAGUAUGAUCUUUCUUAGGGAACACUUAACUUACCUUCUUAAUAUUGAUGUGCAUGUUAAUUCUCCAUACAAUUAUCACUCCUCAGUCAAGGGUAAAGGCUGAUUUGGACAGUACAAUUUUUGCUUAUAACUAUCGUGCGCAACUAGCAUAUGUUACGACUUUUGACCAUCCACACGUGCACAAUUUUCACUUAUGACAUCCACAAUGUAUCGUACGAAUGUUGUGGGUCUAAUUUAUACGACACAAUCUGUCGUAAAGUCAUGAUGCAUGCUAGUCGUGCCCGAUAGUCGUAAGCAAAAAUCGUAUCGUUUAAAUCGAACUUAAUAGAACAAGAGUAAAGAAAAUGAUCUUUAAAGAGAAAACAUCUUUGCUUGUCAACAAACAUGUACUCUUCUUAGUUAUGUUAUAAAAAAUGACUGGAGAACAGUUGAUGUUGAUGUUGUUUUUGGUAGGAGUAUGAAGUGAUGUUAGGACCUAAAAAGAAGGCAGAGCCUAGUGGGCCAGCUGCUAAAAGAGCUAAGAGAGGGGCUGUAUCUGCUGUCAAAAUAGAACAACCUCCAGGUAAGUAUGUUAAAAGUAAGCCAUUUGCACGAUGGCAUCAUCUCACUACUAUGACGAGAAUCCUUUUCGUUUUUCUUGUCAUAUUUGAAUUUGGUAAUCCCACUAGGGUUCAAGUAACAGAAGUCCUAAAUUGCACAAAAAAGCAAAACCCUGAAGGAUCCUGGUCUUAAUAAUGAAAUGACAUCAUUGUGCAAAUUGCUUAUCGCCAAGUAAUAAUCUUUUAAGAACAAAUAAGAGUACAGUAAGUUUUUAAAUGUAUAGUAUAAUGAUGGACGUGUUAACCACUUUUCAACUGCUUACAUCGGGGGUUCAUAUCUUGAAUUCUUUAAAAGUAUUCAAAUUUGCAAACCAGUAUUCCAGACCUGGAAAAAGUCUGGAAAAUAAAGACAAGUUUUAGAAAAAAUGGUAAAUAGUUUGGAUUUUUUGUGUUCUUUUUCAAAACGGCCACACUUUUCUAAUUGCUUAACAUUCAGUUACAAAAUCACAAGAUUCAGAACUCUCUUAUGUCGGCAUUCCUCUUCUGUUACGUUUACAAGCCAUCCUGGGAAAACCUUAAUUCCUGCGUUUGUUGAGGUUUCUGUCUCUUGCUUAUUUGAUAACCUUGAGUGUGGGAAAAGAAAUUGUAAUUGGGGAGAUUGGAAUUGGAAUUGGAAAAAGUCUUUAAUUUUGCAUUCAAAUGUUUGUACGAACCCUGUACAUUGAGGUGACUGACAUAUUAAAUUGCCUGGUAGUGCAUUAAACGUAUUUCAAUCUGAAAACUGUUAAAAUAUUCUAUUUUGUCUCCCUUUUUGCCAUUUAAGUUGCUCCAGAUAGUACUCCCAUGACAAGUUUGCCAUAUCCCACAACGCCAGUGUCUGUUGUGGCUACAACAGGACUACCAACUUCAGUAGAUGCAACAACUGCACUACCUACCCCUGCUAUUUCUGCAGCUCCUGCUUUGCCAUCGACUGCACAGCCAGCCAAGGUAAUCCUUUGAAUGUACAGUUUUAAAUUUUAGGAGAUGCUUUUCAGUUAGCAGUAUCCCUAGGCUGCUUUUUUCUUUUAAAAAUGGUUGAAAGUGGUUAUUGACUGGCUGACUUGAAGAGUAAAAGAAAAUGAGAAGGGUUUCUUUUAAAAAGAAAGGGUAAAAUUUUCCAUCAUGUCGGUAGCCUGGAAAAUGGGUACAUGUCUUACUUCUAAAUGCCUUUUGCUUCUGGAAAAUGUAAGCAAAAAGAUACUAUUUGAAGCUAGUCAAGCUGUUUUCUGGUCACCAGGUGGCCAAAAAGAGGAAGUUAAAUGCGUUGUUGGUGGGGCAAAAUGUAGUAUUGGACACAAAAUUGAGAGUGAACCCUUGACUUUUAUCUUUCAUACAAUGUCCUCUCCUUUUUCCAACCUUUUUUUGGACAUUUUCUAGGCUUUAUUCUUUUAAGAAUGUAUCUAGUGAAAGUACCUGAGAUAUUUAAGGAAGUAUGUUAGGAAGUGGAACAGGGUUUUCAUUUGAAUUUUCUAGUAAAAGUUGAAUGAUUGUUAGCAUUUCGUACGCACAGUCUUAAAGGUCCUUGAAUUUUAGGGGAAGUCCUUUAAAAGUCCUUGAAUUCCAGUUUUCAUUGAAAAGGCCAUCAACUUUGAGUGUAGUGGCCUGGAAAGUGUUUUUAAUGCUUCUUGGUUGUCCAAAUCAGAAUAUGGAUCAUAGGCCAGAGAAGUAUAUGGUGAUUAAGUGAAGUGGAAGACAAGUGAACUAAAAAUUGUAUAAGGGUUGGUUUAGAAAACAGUUCAAGCCAUUAAAGUCCUAUUAGAAUUUGAAAAUCAAAUGUGGUCCUUGAAAAGUCCUUAAAAAAUGGUUGCAAUUUUUUGUAAGAACCCUGAUUAAUGGUUAUAAUUAGCAAGAUCUGUUUUCAAUUAUGUCAUUAGGGGUACAGGAGAUGCAGUUUGAUACAAGCAGUUACAGGUCAUUGAUUUGUCAUUGAGUUUAAAACAAAGCAGUGAUCAUAUGCUAUUUCAAAUUUCAGGUCAAAAAAGGAGUGAAAAGAAAAGCAGAUACUACGACCCCCACCACGCCGAUCAGUACAAUGGGGGAAGCUUUACCUCCUGUGAAGGCUAAAGCGGCCAAAAUACCAGCACGGAGAGAGUCAACAAGAACAGUGAAAAAACCAAAUCGAGAUUUACCUGAAGAGCCACAGAUGGUAAGCUACAUUUCUUACGUACAGCACUAAAAUUAGUCUUCAUUAUCAAACCUACUGUUAUUUUUUUAGACCAUCCGCAUUGAUUCAGACGCUGAUGUUGAUUCCAGCUGAACUAGAUUCAAAAGAAGAAAAAAGUUCUUUUUGGUCAAACUGUUUGCAAAAUACGUUAUUAUGAUUUAUGCACUAGGUUAGGCACAUGAAAAGUUUGGCAUCUGAAUGAAAGGCAUUCCAAAGUUGUUCCACAGUUGAAAUUCACGGCCAGGCUAGCCGGGAAGAACCAUUUCAAAUUGAAAUAGGCGUCGCUAAUUGAUUCAGACACUAAACUUUUCAUGUACUAAAUUCAAUGUAUUAUGUUUGGCGUCUGAACCAGGUCUUACUUAACACAAUCAAAUUCAUACAAGACAUGUAGAUUUAUCACAAUCAUAAUCCAUCACAACAGUUCACCAUCUAAAUCACCCUUAGCAAACUGAAAUUGACCACUCUGGAAAUACCAUAACAUACCAUAAUGCUCUUUGUUUGUCACUCCAGAAUUUUGCAUAAGCAUUGUCUUAAGUUUCUCUUGGGAGUCAAAAUGACCCCAAGAGAAAUGGAAAACAAUGCUUAUGCAAAAUUUGGGGUGACAGACAAAGAGCAUUAUGGUAUGUUAUGGUAUUUUCUGGAGUGGUCAGUACAGGGCAAAUACUAGGCUGUUCAGUGAUCUCACACUUAAAACCCUUACCAAUUGUUUUAUUUGUUGCAACUCUCCUUUCCUUUUAAUUUCUGUAAAGAAAACAGCAAAUAUCAGAUUGUAGAUGAAAGUGAAAAAAUAAUUUUAUUUUCUUGGCUGCUGCUAGCACAUUUUUCUUUUUUUUUUUUUAAACAUUUUGUACUUACCAGGCCCCAGUUGUUCAAAAGGUGGAUAUUGCUAUCCACUGUUUAAAUCACUAUCCAAUAAAUAUCACAGUUAUUGGUUUCCCUAACACUUAUCCGUUCGAUAGUGAUUUAUCCGGUGGAUAAUGCUAUCCAACUUUUGAACAACUGAGGUCAGAUGAAUGAGAGGAGGGAAAUUUGUUGUCAUUUCUUUCUUUCUUUCCUUCUUCUUUUUAUUUAACAAUCAUUCUUUAUAAAGAAUGUUGUACUUUGUAAUUUUUUAGGCUCGUGGUAAAAAGAAACCAUUAUCGGAGCAGCUUAAGUACUGCAGCAAUAUUAUCAAAGAACUGUUUUCCAAGAAACAUGUGGUGAGUAUUAAUUCUGUUAAAUUUAGAACACCAAAUAAUAUUUUAGGGAUUAUUAUUGUGUACUGGCCAAUCACACUUAAGCAGUAGACUAUGAAACCAUGAAAAUAAUUGACUUUUUCCUUGCAGCGAAAUAACAUUCCAGAAAUAUCUUUGGUUUUCACAGUUUUCCGAGUUUCACAGUGAAUAUUUAUAGCAAUUUCCAGAGAGGGGCUAACUAUAAACCAUACCCAUUGUCAAACUGUCAAUCAGUAAUUUCAAAAAGUAGUUUUUACUUUAGUGCUAUCCUACUUGGUUGCCACACGUUAGGAAAUGGUCAGGAAAAAUAAUAUUUCUUCAAGGUCAGGGAAUUUCUCUAUGAGUCAGGGUUAAUUUAAGUCUUUGAAAGAAGUCAGGGAAAAGACAUACUUUUAAGGAUACAUUUUUACAUUUUUAUGAACAUGAAUCGUGUUUUAUUGAUAGAAUAUUGUUCAUUUCAACUGAACAACAAGCCGAUGUUGGGUUUUCAGAAAAUCAAUCCUGUGUGCACAUUAUAUUAAGGAACUACCAAUUCAUGUACAUUACACGUGACUUGCUGAAAGCGUAAAUAAAUGGGUGGGGGAUGGCUGUGAUGGGAGUGUUGAGUCCAUUAUAAGGACUAAUCUGUGAAAUUGUAGUUAAUUCACUUGGUGAGGGAAAUUUUACAUUUUUCAAAAAAGUUAGGAAAAAAUUCAAGGAAAUUCAAAAACCUCUGGCUGUGGCAACCGUGUACUAGUCAUGUUGUUCUGCAAUCUCAUGUUUCAUAUGAGAUGCGACUUCAAGGGCAUACUUUUGUAGAGUCCAAAGUUGUGGAAUGUUUUUGUCAAAUUGGUUGUGGUAAAGUUAGUGUUAGUCUUUAGACUCUUGUACCAAGACAUGCAACGUUUAGUUGCAAAUGCAAAGAUGUUCAACAAAGGAUAAUUUUGAUGUGUUGUUUGUCUUGAAAUGCACACCUGAUAUUAACUGAAUGAUGUUAUUAUUUCAUUGUAGGCAUAUGCAUGGCCAUUUUACAAGCCUGUUGAUGCCUCCUCACUUGGACUGCAUGAUUAUCAUGAUAUCAUAAAGCAACCCAUGGACAUGGGGACAAUUAGGGUAAGUUCAGAAAUGCAGUUAUGUGUUAACAACAGUAGGUCAGUUAGGAGCAAGGGACGGUACAGUGUUAAGUGGACCCACCUCCAGUUUUCCCCCAGUUCCCACGGGUUUCUCUUCUCCUCUUCCUGUUUUCACUAAGCAUUUGUGGAUCAUUAAUUAAUCAUGUUUGUUUCGUUUCUGUUUGUCGAUUUUAGCUACAAAACUUAUGAAUCAUUAAAUUUUUGUGACAGGGGAAAAUGGAGGCCAGAGAGUAUAGCUCGUCAUCUGAAUUUGCUGCUGAUGUGCGGCUCAUGUUCAGUAACUGCUACAGAUACAAUCCUCCAGAUCAUGAUGUUGUUAAAAUGGCAAGACAGCUUCAGGUUUGUCAACAUGAUCAAUGCAGUGUAAAUGUAACAGUGUUCAACAUCAAUCUUCUCCCAACAGUAUUAGUGCAUAAUCAAGAGGAAAGGAUAUAAGAAGUAAUAAAAUGAUCACAAAAGGGAAAAUGCUUUGAUCUUUUUAUCAAACUCUCUCAACGUAUUCUGCAAGGAAAUGUAUGAAGAUAGGUCUGGAGAAUUUGUAUGUGGAUAUUGGGGCUAUAAGAGUUAAGAAUAUACUGACUUAUUGUUAUAUUAAGCAAGGGUAACAGUUGGGAAGUCUCAUAUCUGACAUCUGUCCUGAUCAUUUCUACACCUCUUAUUGUAAGGUUCUAACGACUUUGGUUUUUGCUUGAAUAUUUUAUUUUCAGGAUGUUUUUGAAAUGAAAUUUGCAAAAAUGCCAGAGGAAGCUGAGCUUCCUCCAGCAGCAAUUAUACCUGAACCAGAACCAGAGCCAGAGUCUCCUGCUACACUCCCAUCAUCGUCCCCUGCUUCUGAUGACAAUGAAGCAGAUAGGGCUGAGCAACUUUCUCAGCUUCAACAGCAGGUACUCAACUGUUUUUCUCUCGAUUCUGUUAAGGCCACACCCAUGUUUCUGAUGUUUAAGUCCUACCUGUUAGGUCAUUUGUGUCAAUUUUAAAUCGGGUGUAACUCGUGAGUCACUGACAAGUAUGCAAUUUAAUUAGGUUAGGUUUGGGCCGCAUUUAAAUUUUACUUCCUAAUUUUUAGCAUGUUUAAUGUUGCAGAAUAUUCUUUGUAUGGGAAUUUAGUUUCCCCCAAUUAUUCUCCAGUCAUGCACUUUUCGUAUUAGCAUGACAAAGUAUUAUUAAACUUAAACUUAUGUGAGAAGGGGAAAGGGGUGCAAAGUGAAGCCAGAGUUUUUGGUUUUGUUUCAUCUCUGAUUUACUUUCAAUGAUUUUUGCCCUCUUGACAUAAUUAUAAAGUGGUCAUCUUGCUAAUUCUAGCAGCUGGCAUUCUUGCAGGCUAUGGUUAUUUUCCUUGUGGUUUUUUCUCAUAGUUUAUAUUUUAGAGUGAAUUUGACUACAGUGGCACCUUGUAUUGAGUCAUCCUGUUUUAGGAGUUUAGCCUUUUGAAAAAAACACUCAGUCAUUAUCUUAUUUGAAAUUAACCUUAUUGAAACAGUUUGUUGUUCAUGGCACCUAGAUGGUGGCAUAAAGGGGAUCACUGUAUAUUGAAAUUGGGCUUUUUAUAAUAUUAUCAUAAUCAUGUGAACAUAUUUUAUUUGACCAUGUUACCAACUAGCCAGCCGUUUGUUUUUGAACAGAGAAUGAUAUGAAACCAUAUAGGUUUUUUAAGAAUUUAUUUUACACAGUCACCUGGUAGCCUCUUCAACUUGUAGGUCUGUAUUUGAUGCUGUAAUUAGAGACAAGUGGUCAGGUUACGAGGCCUUUACUACUUUUGUUAUUCACAGCUUAUAUCAGUCCACGAGCAACUGAGCAAACUAACUGGGGAGUCUGUGCUUGUAACAAACAAGACAAAAAAGAAGCCUGAAAAGAAAACUGUUUCCAAAAAGGAAAUCAAACAAGCAGCACAGCCGCAGCCAAAGAGUCAACCGAAGCAAAAGGCAUCCAAGUCUCAAGCUGCACAUGCUCAACCAAAAGCUGAAAAACCGGCUAAAAAACAGUCUGCAUCAAAACGAUCUGCAAACAGCAAGUAAGCUUAACAUACAAAUAUUGUGUCAACUGUUGUUAAAUAAACUAGUCACUAGUUAUGCCUAGAAUUACUUUUGAUUGAUCUUCUUCUGUGGCCAGUUUUGUAGUAGUUGUUACAGAGAUGACUCAUGUCAUUAAGUUGGCUACUAGCAACUUCAAUAAAUCUGUUUACUGCUUUGUUCAAUUUAUUGUCAUACCUCCCAACUCAAGCAUGUGUUCCAGUUGGACAAGAACUUUUCACAUCAUGCCUUGUGUCAAUUCAAUGCAACUCCAUAGAACCAACAAAAUUUCCUAAUAUAAUUGUGAUCAGAUCAUGUACCUUGAAGCUGCUUAAAUUCUCUGUACCAGCUUAUGCCAAGCAAAUUAUAUACUAGCCAGGGUAGUUUUUAUCUAUUUAUGUUUUUUUUAUUGUAACUGUUACUGAAAAACCAUUUUAUUGGAGUGACAAAUAAUUAUUUUUUAGUUCCCCACCUACUAACUGCAUAUACCUUGCCACUUAAAAUCUUAGUGACAACCCUGCUGUACUGUAUUAAGUGCCUAUUGAUAACUCCUAACAACUUACAACCUAAAUAACCACAAUCUAGUCUGAGCAGUGUAAGUCAAAAAUUCCUCGCUGAUGGAUAAGGUAACCUCAGCACAAAAACAGCAAGGUCCAGGCUCGUGCAAUGUUGGAUAGUGUUAUCCACCGGAUUAGUAUUGAAGAAACCAGUUAUGUUGUGCUAUCUGCUGGAGAGAGAUUUUUCUAGUGGAUAGCUUUAUCUAACUUUUGAACAACUGGGGCAAGAAGUCUAAUAAUAAGGAAAGUACCAAAUUAGUUGUUAAGGAGGUUGUUUGUGUUUUGGAAGGAUUGCGGCUAAAAAGAAGACACUAGAGGUGGAUAGUGACGAUGAAGUGGACACAGCAAGACCAAUGACAUAUGAUGAGAAAAGGCAGCUUAGUCUUGAUAUAAACAAACUACCAGGUAAGUUCAAAACAUUCUCUUGUUCAAGAAGACGAUUCAUUCAUUAUGGUGGGAAACAUUUUUGCCUGAAUGCAUCUAUUUUAUAAAAGAGCUAAUUCAUUAAUUUGCAUUUCAAAAUUAGGAGACAAAUUGGGAAGAGUGGUAAACAUCAUCCAGUCCAGGGAACCCGGUCUGAGAGAUUCAAAUCCGGAUGAAAUUGAAAUAGACUUUGAAACACUUAAACCAUCAACACUCAGAGAGCUGGAAAAAUAUGUUCAACAGUGUUUACGGAAAAAGGUGAAACCACAAACAAAAAAGGCAAAGAACGCAGAGGAAAGAGAAAUGGAGCAGGCAAAGAAAAAAGAGGAACUAGAACGGCGACUUCAGGUAUUGUGAUGUACUUGUAUUAAGCGCAGGCAUUUGAUUUAAUUUACUUGCAAUAUUUGUACAAGUUAUGUAAGUUGUAAGCUAGCUGGUGCAGUACAGGGGUUCAGCUGACCACGUCACUCCUUUUCCUCACCAAGGAUGUCAGUGGCAAGCUGGGAGGAACAGGGCAAAAGAAGCAGACAAAGAAAGGUGGGUUGCAUUUCAUUUUUCUUGUAGGGUUUUCAAAGUUUUUGUUUUCAUGCUGUAUUUCUUUGUUAUUGGUGUUUUGUGUUUUUCUACAUUGUUGAAAAUCAAAACAACAGGUUAUAGCCAUAGUAAAAUGUGUUCAGCAUUGAGUUCUCCGAAAUGCUUUUGGUGACGGCUAUUUUUUUGGUAAGAAAUUUUUGUAAGCUUUGAUGGUGUGACUGCUUGUACAGUAUGGCUGUCGUAAAAAGGUGGAAAACUAUAAAACCACAAAAAGUGGUUACAGUUACUUGUGAGAAGUGUUGGUUUGCAAGGUUUCAUCUAAAAGGCUCUGGCUGGGAAAAGUUUAGUGUUCUGGAAUAAUAGUUGCUUACAAGAAGUGUUGCACUUGACUGUAUAGAGCUGGGCUCCAAUUUAGGCAUUGUCUGAAGAUAGAUAUUGGGGUGGUCACUGCAAGAGAUUAACAUGUGACGACAGGUUCGUUUAUGUUCCGCAACCAUCAGAUUAGACGUGCAGUGCUGUGAAAUGGUACAUACAGUUUUGUUCCUUGAUUCUUUCUUUUGUUAUCCAUGAAGACCUAUACAUUGAAAAUGAUGAAUGCAACAGUAUUGCUUAAUAGGUAUCUUUAUGUAGCACUGGGCAUUCUACCUUCCUUGAAAAGCUAAAAUAGUCCCAGUUCAUGCUAUAAAUUAUAUUUGAAGACCCUAGGACUGCAUCACUGAAGUAAUUCCAUCCUUUCUCUCUUGGAGAUCUUUUAAGCUGAAUGGUGAACUUCUUUGAAGGAGUUUGAUUUUCUCAUAGUCUUGUUUUUCUCUCUCUCUUUCUCUGUCUCCCUCCCUCUUCUCAGACACUAUCUAACUAACAGCACUUCCCAUUCUGUUCUGAUUCCAUUUCAGAAUCACAGCGCUCUGAUCAUUGUGUUGUGGAUGUUGUUGGCAGCGAGCCUCGACCACGAAGAUUAAGCGAGAGCAGCAGUAGCAGCGGCAGUGGCACAAGCAGUAGUUCUGAUUCGAGUUCAAGCUCUGGCUCUUCUAGCUCAGCAAGCAGCUCUGACUCUGAAUCAGGUAGUGAAGAAUAGACGACAGACUUGCAGCAAUAGCCAUUAUCUCAGAAAAAAGUCGCAUACAUAGAAUUAGGAAAGUUAAAUUUUGUUUUUUGCGAGCAAAAAUGCUGGAAGAAGAAGAGACGUGAAAAAAAUUAUAAUAUAGUCUUUCCCAUAAAUAUGUUUUAGUGUAAAUAAUGUACAUUAAAUUCUUUGUGUAUAGAACUGUCACGAACUACUGAUUUUGCCGUUCUUUUACCAUUCAAGCGAGUAGAUAGUGUGACCAUAAACGUUUAGCCAUAAUGUAAGUGUUAGGUAGGAUAUUUGUAAAAACAAAUCUAGGGUAGAUAGUGUUUGCUUGAUCCUCUGAACAAUGAUAGUACUUAGGAAGCCUCUGAACAACAUCUUCAUGUUUCUUCAUACGCAAACAGGAUUCGUAUGACAUGCUUUUAAAGACUGCCAGGCAGCUUGGGUCUGUAACUUAAAAUUUGCAUCUGGCCAAUAAUCUUGAUGCAUCAAAAUAAAUUGUAUUUUACUGUUUUGGAUUUUGCUUGUUGGUUGUACAUGUGUUACAUUGUCGGUUGACGAGUUUAGGUUCCCUAGUGCAGGUGGAUCUAAUGUGGUUUCCUUGUUUGACAGAGUCUGGUGGUAAGACCCACAAGACUUCUCACAGUACUAGCAAGGUACUUAUAAUUUCAUUCACAACUUUGCAAUCAAGCCGUCUUCUUUACCACAAACACAUCACAUUUCUGUUAACCAACUCAUUGCUUACAGACACGCACAAUUAGUAUUUACAAAAUUGUUUCCUUGAAAGCCAGUUUGCUAACAUUAGACAUCCAUUGACCUUUUGUAAACCCAUCAACACAUAACGUUCUAGCUGUAUGUGUCAAAGCUAUUGGGGGUAGCCAUGAUUUAAAAUGACAGGAGGUGCAAAAUGAAUUCCCCAAUUCUCACUUUUCACAUGUUACCAAAAUUCAAAUUAGGGAAAUAGCAAUUUUUGCGAGUGUUUACUUUCCCGAGGUAUGAUAGGAGCUGAACACCUUUAUGUCUGCAAAUGUUUGGUUCAAAAGAGUUCUUCAUUUUUCAUUAGAGGAUGCUUAAAAUUCUAAGCUUUUGCAUGACACCUAUUCAGAUGGCAGCCAAGAAAGCUCUCAUUUACGUUGAAAACUUUACAGAUUUUUUAAAAUUUUGCUAUUUAAACUACUUGUCUCAGAAUACAAUAAUUUUGAGUAUGAGAAUGAGUUUCUCAAGUGAUGAAAUGACACAGGAAGACUGUAAGGCAGAUGUUUCUGUUUUGCAUCAUCCAGAUUUGUGCCCUCAAAAGGGGUGUUCAUUAGGCAUUGGAGAUCAGAGAAGUCUCUGUUUGUUACUCGGAAUUCUCAGGCUAAUGUGUGAUAGCUUAUGAAUAUUUGUUAUUCAGACAUAGAGCCUCAUUCACAAUAUUCUCCUUUAACAUUACACCUUUUUCCUGCUACUAGAAUUCUUAAUGAAAACCCGCUCAAAGGGACACUAUUAUGGGGUCUCUUUUGACAAAGAUUUCUAAAUCUGGGAAAACAUUUUUUGGACUGCUUCGCAUAUGAAAUAUUUUGUACCCCUGAUUCCUGUUGAGGCUUUUUGUAUAGUCAUUUUCCUUCAUUUCCCAGAUUCUGGGCUUUCUGUAUUGAAUGGUUUUUGAUUUUUAUCUUUGAUGACAUGGCAGUGAAAACAGAGAAUAUCCCAUCAUAAAUUUCUAACUGUGAAAAUAUUCCAAGAGUGAUGAACAAAAUAAAUAACUGUAAGAAUUUCGUUUGUAGAAGAAUUUCCUUUUCUCAUACCCUUUGCAAUAUGCAUCCCCAGGAGUAAUACUUGUACAGUACUAUUUUGGGAAAAAGCAGCCAAAUUUUUUGACAAAGGAAACUUUUAAGCUCAUACAUGAACAGUGAGAAAAGUUGUCACAUGAUUAACCGAACAGAAAAAUUAACAUGCAACUCUUUUACGGGAAAUAUAUAAGCCAAUGUUAUUAAAUAUCUAAACAUGUUUAAAGCAAGCACUAAUGUACUGCACAUCCAUUACACAGAGAAGGGCGACUUUUUGUGCUCUCUCCAGGUUUUUUUUUUUUGGAAUGGUGAACAGUCUUUCAAAGUCUGUUACCACUUCUUUGAAUUCCGAAACCAAGAGUUCAAACCCCUGAAUCAGUUGCAUCUCUGUCACUUUAAAUCUGCCCAAGGGUUCUUUGACUUUUUAACUUGCCGUGACCAGCUUGUUAUAUUGAUAGGCAGAAUGUAUUUGUCAAAGCUUUCAUUUCAUUUGGCUAAGUUGAACAUUUCUUGUACACAAAUGCCAAAACAAUGCGUUCUACAUUAACUAUAGGCACACUUUUCGCUUACCCCAACUUUCACACUUGUUUCAUGCUUGCAAGGUUAGGAUCAAGCAAGAGGGAGAAUGGACAAGGAAGGGUUGAGGAGAGUUAACCCUGUUGCUCUAAUUUGUCUGCCCACUAUCUUUUCCUCUCAUUCAGUUCAGAGUUGAUAAAAAUUUAAGAGAAAUAAGAAGAGUAAAUACUAUUGCUCUUGUUUGGGUCCCAUCUUGUGGUGAAUUCUCGCAUCCUCUCAUGCACUCUUAAAGUUAAUCCCUUGCUUCACAAUCCAUCUUGUUUGAUCCCUGCUUUAUGGUGUUCUGACUUAGCCAUUGAUACUAAUGAGUCAGAUCUGAUUCUAUUCCUCCUGAAAUUGCCAGACAAAGUCUGCUGGGCACACAUCCAAGGCGACACCAACGCCGUCCAAACCAGCAGCGAGUCCUGUGGCCCAGCCCGGUAUGUUCAUUUCCCCACUUUUACAUUAUGUCUUCAAACCCACCAUUUUUUUUGCCUCUCAUAACAUCUCCAUAAAGCAGGUUUCAGAAUUUGUUUCCUUCUACCCUUAGAAAAAUAAAUACGCACUAGUCUUACCAAGGCUGAAAGAAAUGGUCGGUUUGAAUUGCUUUGUGGUAUUAUGUUUUAUACAUUAAACAUCUGUACUUUACAUGUUUCAAUCUAUGAAAUAAACAACAAAAUUUCAUAGUUUUAGUCAUGAUGCAGAUCAGCUAACUUUGCCCCACUUUCACUGAAGCUUAAAAGCAUUUUGUUUAACAUCCUUGUGAGUUAAGCAUGGGCUAGGUGGCUGUCUUACAAGUCUCACGCCCAUGUCUGUUGACUUCAAAGUGAGCGCACCAAAGACAAAAGGUAGAGCUUGCUCAGUCCAUUUCAGACUGUUUUCUUCAUGCCAUAAUGUGGCAGAAAAUUCACAGCAUUGGCUCACUUGAUCCUGAAUUAAUUUCUUUCAGUUAAUUGAUAUAUUCCCAGAGCUAAGCCAAAUUCAAUUCAUUCAGAAUAUUUCAAAGUGCACAACAUCCUUAUGUCAAUGUAGAAUUUCCUGUAACUUUUGCCAGUUCCUUGGCAGGUUUAAGAAAUGAACUAGACUUCCUAUAAUGACAUGUUAGUGUAUUUUUGCCAUUUUUUGAGUUCUAAAAUUAGCGAUAAUUUUGCUAUCACAAAUCUUCCAGCCAUUUUUUAAGCUCCUACGGACCAAAAUAAUUAGGUCUCUCAGGUGCCCUUGUCUUUGUCCUGUAUAUUCUUGAGCUGUUAUUAAUCAGCAAGGAAAUUUGAACCAAUCAGAAAUUGAGAAACAUUUUGAAUGAAUGACAACAAGGAUAUUAUUUGUGUAAUUUGGAGCUCAUUAUGGUGCAAACCUGUAUGCCUAAGGGCCCUUUGUAUAGACCACUUAAGCCUGUCCCAGAAAAACUCACGGGUCCGUUUGUGCAGGUUUUCAAGUUGUUUGAUGCAUUUGAAACUACCCAAAAUCGCCUCUUCCUUCAAAAGGUUAUAGAGAAUAGCACUGUUAACUCUAAUUUGAAAAAUAAAGUCAUUUGAUAUGAGCUAAUGUUGAGUGUUCUGAUUGUAAAGUGUGUGAACGUCCAAGCGGUAGCAUAAAAUAAAGAUGAGUUUGAUCACAUUUUUUCGCUACAAUCCUUAUUGUUUGUUCAAUUCACCAUCAGUAAUUAAAAAAGAAAAACAAACUGUGUAGGUUUGCCCCUUUCAAACAUUUCCUGUAAAUCCCUUGAAGUUGCUAGGUGACUGAUAUACUUACCGACAAUGUGAAUGAAUAUUAAUAAAACUACUGUGGCAAUUAAAAUGAUGGGUAGUAAACCUUUUUCGCCCCACUCAAAUUUCAAGUUCGUUUUUCAAAAGUAAGAGUGUAAACAAGGCCACAAAAUUUUGAGUAAUUAUCUCAAAAGGUCAAUGCUUUUUAUCUCUGUGUCUUAAAAUAUCUUGAAACUGUUUGAGGAAAUUUCUGGGAGAUUGCAGUAACCUACUCCUACAUUUUUCUUCUCAAUGGUUUUAAAUGCCACACUUGUUUUCUGGUCCUGAUUUCUGAAAUUUAAUGGUCACCAUUCUGUUCACUUGAAUUAACUAAUUCGGGUGGACACUUUAUGAAGGUGUUUCAUCUGGCAAGUGCAAACUCAUCUCCCCCAUCCCCCCCCCAAAAAAAAAAAAAUUGAGAAGAUAAAAAAACACAAUUAUUGUUACCUUCUUCAUGGGAAAUAAACUGGUGAUAACUGCUUAUUUCACCACAUUAAUAGUGGAAAUCAUCAUUGGAUUAGAGAAACCAUUUCAAAGAACACCUGACAUCAAUGACAGGUCCUGUCAGCAGCCAAAUUGAUGUUAAAAUAGUGUCUGUAGAUGUGAAUGUAAAAUUUCCUUGUUUACAUACAACUUUCCUUAAGGCAAAAUAACUUGAGUUAAUGACAAAGUCACAAAAUUAAACAUCUAGAUUCAUUUCAUUUCUGAGAUCAAAAACAUAUUUGCACCAUAAUUAUCAUCAUCCCUGAUGAUGCUGUUGAUUGGUGAAAGCUUGGAUUUUGUAUUUUACUUUUUAAGCAGAAGCAGUUUAAGGCCUCACUAGAACAGUGUUUAUUUUUAAUUAUGCUGCUGAAGGACAACAUGAACAGAUUAUUCCAAAUUACAAUAAUUAUUGUAGCUUCCCAUUUUAAAUAGCCAUACAGAUUGGCUGCAAAUAGUUUACGUCUUGCUCUUGCAAGAAUGACCAUUCUUUGUUGUGGUUUUGAUUCCAUUCCCUCUCUGUCCCUUUAAGAGAUUAAGUGGGCCUGCAGUCGGGGCAAAGAAUGAUUGCCUAGCCUGAGAAAACAGCUGACAUUUUGUGAUGCCACCAGAACAGUUUCCCCUGGAAAUGACAUCUGAGCACAGAAAUUCCAUGCUAGUGACCAGCAUUUCCCUGAUUUGGGAAGUGCUUUUGUUCGGUUGACAAUUUUGUUAAACCAAUCAGAAGCACUACUCAGAUCUGGGUAGCAACACAUCAUCAGAAUGGAAUUUCUGCACUUGUCCCUCAAAUGUCAUUUUGCAGAGAACCUGUUGGUGGCGUCACUGUUUUCUCAGGCUACAUCUCCAGGGUGUUCAUCAGGUAUCAGAGAUAAGAGAAUUGUCUGUUUACUGUGCAGAAUUCCCCAGCAAACGUUUGGUAGCCUAUGACUAUUUUUUACUCAGACGUGGAGUGUCUUUCACAAUAUUCUCCUGUAAAGUUACACCUCUCUCCUGCUAUUAGAAUUGUUAAUGAAAACCCUGCCUCUCUCCCACACCAAUUGCAACUGUUGACUAAUUUGACGUUACAGGCAGAGUCAGUGAGUUGUCAUUGAUUGCACCGUUUUGAUUACUUACUGCUGGUCUUUGUCAGGCAAUGGAGUCGAUUAGUUGUGUGGAACUUAUAAGUAGCAACAGGCUUUGUCCAUGACAGGAACAUUAUUCAUGGUAAUUGGUCUUUGAUCCUCAUUGUCAUCAGUAAGGAUCAAAAUUAAUGCACCAAUCACUAACAACCCUAGAUGCUACCACUAAGUAUUGAACAGCCAGUCAGCACCAUUGCCUGGUGAACCCACAGUAAAAUCAGUAACAAAGUGAUCAAUAAUUGAUUAUCAAACAUACCCACAAACUAUGAUGAAUAAGAUCUCCCUGUUUUAUUUCAUUGUCAGAGUUAAUGAAUUUUCUUAAAUUUACUCUGUCCAUCAAGAUAUUUGUUGAAAUUAGUUAAAGGUUACUAAGGAGCUAAAGAUGUAAAGGUUGCUGCAUGGACUCUCAAACCCAUUUCUUCCUGCUUUAGCUGUACCAUCUCCAAAGCCUCCGCCAGUAGUAAAACAGGAAAAACAUGCUGUACCAAGUGUCGUGUCCACCACCAUCCAGUCAGCAACACCAGUAGCUAACAAUCCGCCUGUCGUUAGUGCUGCGCCACCUAAACCUGCUAAACCAGUUACUUCGAGUAUCCCUGCAGUAGCACCCAAACCUAUGCCUAAACCUGCUGCAGCAUCUACAGUGCACAAGCCAACACCCAGCAGCACAACUGUCACACCUAAGCAGCCUGCUGCAGCACCUUUUGCGAGAAGUGCAACCAGUACUAGUAAACCUCCAGCCACAGUGGCACCUGUCACUACUACUACAAACAUACUGCAGAAAGACAAAACCCCAGCUGCUGGUGCAGAGAAAUCAGCUACUGCAAAGUCAGGUGUGUUUCUACAAUCCACCCAUCGUAUCUUCACACUACAGAACCGUAACUCUUGUUUGCGAUAGACCAGAAGCAAAUUCAAUGCAAUAAUUGGAAAGAGAAUCGCCCAGUUUUUCCAGGCACCCUUACAUUUACAUUUGAUACUCCUGUCAAGCGCAAAAUUAUUUCUCCCCACAAUGCCAGUACUUGCCAAAAAAUUGGCUUUAUUCCUUGUUUCUGAUUACUUCUCCACCCUUCUGUAAGAAAUGUUUUAGUAAGCAGGAAGGAUGAUACCUUUCCCCAUGUCCCUGAGAUCUACCACUGGCAUUCAUGCAUUUAUAUUCCUUCUCUUUACAGGGAGCAGUGGUUUAACAUUUAACAUCGGAGAGCUGCCUGGUUCACUUGCAACAAUUGGUAUGUUUGUAAAAUUAAUAGUUGUAUUAUUAUUAUUAUUAUUAUUGUAAUCCUGUCAGACCCGUAAGGAAAAAGUGCUACGGAUUUUCUGAUAAAACCAAUCAUGAUUUCUUUUUUUAACUUUUCUUUUCAGGGCAAAAAAGUGAAAAUCAAUCAACAAAGAAGGUAAAAUUUUUAUACUGAAGUUUAAUUAUCAAUACCACGCAACCUUGCAUCCAAGUUGGCUAUUUUUGCUUAGUUUACUAUUUAAAUUUUCUGUUUGCAUUCUCGUUUUCAAGCCAAAUCAUUAGUUUUUUCUGUUGCUUAAAUAUUAUUAGUUUUUGACCAUGUGAGCAAUAGGGAUCCAAUUAUACCCACAAAUCCCCCCAAAACAUCCCUUUCAGAGUGCAGAAUUAGUUAGGGUGUUUGUUCUUAAGGAUCUAUCUUGCUCAUUUUGCAAAGGAUGUUUUAGUUAUGGCUUGCCUAAACCAAUCAUUAGUUUCAUAAAGGUGCUUACAAAGCAAAUUAAUUUCAACAUUUGGUGCAAAGGCAGGACUCAUGUUUGUGAAGAUACAGCUAUAUUAACUAACAUUCUGUAAGAAUUUACAAAGAAAAACAAAUCAGAACUUUCUCUGAUCCUCAGGUCAUUCGUGUUAACUGUAGUAUGAACAUGUUUUAUCUGUGGUUUGGUGUAAGUGUACUCCCCUCCCACUCAUCAGUAGUGUUAACCCUGUAAGUCCCGAUAGUGACCAAGAUCAGUUUUCUCUUAAUGAUAUCCAUACAUUGUCAAGAGAUCUGGUUAUUAGAAUUAAUAAAAUGAACACCUACUGCUUUGCUUUGAUCUUUUAUCAAAUUGUCUCAACUCAUUCUUUAAGGAAAUAUGUAAAGAUCAGUUUGGAGAAUUUGUAUGUGGAUAUAAUGGGACUUAAAGGGUUAACUGUUUUCUAGGAUUCAGCAGCCAAACCAAUUCGACAAGUACCUUCCUGGUCCAGUCUCACAAGUUCAUCAGGCUCCUCGGUCUCACGACCUGUGUCUUCUGCAAGCUUUGAAAAGUUUAGACAGCAAGCACGGGAUAAGGAAGAGAGGGUAUGAAGUGCAGUCAAUUUACUGGUAACCCAGGCUUCACUCCUCAUAGUUGCAGCAAAACCUUGAUAUAACAAAGACCUCUGUAUAACAAACGAUCAUCUGUACCCCGAUAAUAGUAAAAUAUAUGACAAAGAGCCUCAAUAUAGGGAACACAUUUUGCCAGGCCCUUGGCCCCUCGUUUAACCAAUUUUAGCAGCUUAUUUUACCAAAACAAGAGGUUGAAAGCAUAUCACAACAGUAACACAAGCAGUAUAAUAAAUUUUGCAAACUUUUUUUUUUCAUCAGUGUCUUACCCAUUAAUCAUUACAUAGGACCUGGAAAUGCCUAAUUUAUUGUGGUGUGUCUAAUGACUGUAAGUUACUAGAACAAGGUUAUACUACUGUGUUAAUUUCCAUCAUUUCAUUACUGCACAGGAAAAAGUAAUGAAAGCUGAAGAGGAGCAGAGACGUCAACAGAAGGAACGGAUGGAACUGGAGAAACUGCGACAAGCGGAGGAAAGAAAAAGGUUUGUCUUCACCCUGCAUGAGCCAAAAAAGAGCCAGCACUUUUUUGUCUUGUUGGCUUAACCUUAGCUAUCUUGUUCCCAUUACAGAGAAAAGGAAGAAGAUGAUGCUUUAGAGCAAGCAAGGCAAGUUCAAGAACAAGAACAUGCCAAGCAAGUGCAAAAAAUGAAGAUAGAACGUAUGAGAGAGGCUGAAAGGCGAAGACGAGAAGCGGUUAGUUUAUCCUCCCCCAGCUUAACCAUUUACAUGGUACAAAGCAGUCAUGCUGGAGAGUAAGGGAUGCUUUAGGACAAGACAAACAAACAGUGCACAUUAUUUAAGAUCGUAGCUUCCUCUCUUUGUAUUUUUUUCAGUGCAUCUGUUGCUCUCCAGCGUGGCAGUUUUGUACCACCUGAAUAACUAGCCUGUAGGCCAUUUCUAAUUUGCCCCCAUACCCCUUUUGCAAUACCAGGUAAAAAGUGUUUCUGAUGUGAAAGUGAUUUUGAUUUUCAUGAAAAGCUAUUUAUUAAAAGUGACUGUUCUCGAUUAUUGGUUUUUUUGCAAAGAAAUUGUGGAAUUUUUUUCUUCUUUGUGAAGUCGCACAUUCUGAUUCAUUAGGGGUUAUUCAAUUUUUUUAAAUGCUUUUUUUUAAGGGCACACUAUAAUUAUGCCUUGUCGACAGUAUUAACGGUUUGUUUAGUUAUUAGGUUUGGGUUAGGCAAAUUGAAAAGGGUCCCAUAUUUAAACACCUCUGGAAUGCUACAAGCUCAUAGUGUUUGUUGAACUGGGUCCAUUUCUGUAUGUCUCCUUAGUUCAGGUUGCUGAUAGCAGAGAUUAUGUAUUACUUAAAAUGUUUGGUCCUUUGCUUAUAAUAAUAAUAAUAAUAAUAAUAAUAAUAAUAAUAAUAAUAAUAAGUAAAAUCCAACUAGUGGUCUAUUAUCAAUGCUGCGUUCUGAUCGGUUGAGUUACUACUAGGCUAUAUGGUAUAGCCUACUAGUAGCGAAAAAUGCACGCUUUUUGGCUGCAAAAAAGGAUUAAAGUCUAGCUUAAACUAGCUAAAAUUUUUUUAUUCUCGAUAUUUUUGACCAGCUAGUUGGAUUUUACUUAAACAUUUAUUCCUCUCGCCUUCAUGGCCUUCGAGUCAAUAGCCCAUUAGGGCUCGAGGGAUAAUUGUUAAUAAUACUAAUAAUACUGCUAUGAUCUUACAUCUUACAGUUGGCUGGUACGAUUGAUAUGAAUCAACAGAGUGACAUAAUGGCAGAGUUUGAAGGAACAAUGAGUUAAAGCCUGGAAGCAAAAUGAAUUGUAUAAAUAGUCAGAAAAGCAGGUUACAGAGGAACUUAGCACUGCAAUGGUUCAAGGAUACAGAAACCUUAUUGGCACACUUCAUGUGUUGCUGAUGCUAACAACACAUCAUAAUGCAGUGCAUACAAGUAAAGAAAUAAUCCAUUAGUUGACACAUGUAUUGAUAAAGAAGAUGACAUUCAGGAGUUGGAAGAAAAAUGAACAAUUUUUAUCUUAUUUAUAGCUUUUAUAAUUAUGUUGGUGAUUAAGAUAAUCCUAACAAGACUACAGAAAAACAAUAGCAGACAUUAAACUGCUAGAUACAAAACAAAACAAAAAAAUUAAUAAUGAUUUAAGUCGGGUUUAUUUCAAACAAAAUAAACCUAAAAUAGUCCAUUUGGAGAUCAGAACUAAAUAGAAUUCAAGAUAGAUCACCAUUAAACAUUUUUUCUUACUAACAUAAUUUAAAUUCUGCUAGAGAUGACUGUUUUCUUUGGUUGUCGCAAAAAUUACUUUUGUAUUAAAGAAUUUGAUAGUCUCCCAAUCAUCUUGCUACAAGAAGGUUUACUGAUAAAUUUACAAUAAUGAUAGCUGGUUUAUCAAUCACUCUUUUUGCUUAUCCCUCGUUCUAAGAAUUCAUUUUAUAAAAAUAUUGGACAACAGCAACAAAAAAAUACACUUAAGUACAGUAAACCCCCGUUUAUCCUUUCAUUCCCAGCCCAACUUAGAGCAAGAUGAUUUCUCACACUUCAUAUGAAUGUUGCGCUGUAACCAUUCAAAUGAAACCUCUUUGGUAGAAGUUUCGAAUAGUACUAUUUAUUUCUUGAGAUUUAAAAAAUAUAGUAAUUUGAACUUUUUUAUGACUUCUCGCUUUAGCCACUGUUAUUAGUGAAAAAGUUAUUGUGACAUCCCAAAAGUCAUGAAAUACUGGUUGUAUUGGCGAAAUUGUUAGAUUUUUUCUCACCAUGGGUUUUUGAGAGGUAGAAUUCCUUUAUACUGCUGAGGUUUCAUUUUUGUAUAAUGUCAUAGGAUAGGAUUUUGUCAUUAGACUCAAAACAUUUCUUCACAGGUACUUGUACUCCAGGAGUAAAGGCUUAAGAAGUUUUUAAGGUUUGGUGCAUUACUGCAGAGAACAAUCUGUAUUAUCCUCAUGGAUGCACGUUGAAUUUAAGUUGACAAGAAACAAUCUUGUGUUUCCAAUCUUUCCUUAUUUUGAAAAUAACAGUUUCAAUCUUCAUAUAAUACCUGUUACUUGUUUGUAAGUUGUGGUUUAACCAAAUUCUUUUGCUUACAACUCGUUAAGGUUUUCAAAUACAUUCAAAAUUGCAGGAUUGCAAAAAAUCAUCUUUUUAACUUGACAGCUGUUACUAGUUUUUUGAAUGUGAAGGCUAGCUGGGAAAUUCAGUCAUUUUCAAUCUCUCCCUAAACAGUCUAAACUGUUCCGCUCAGUGUGUGAAGCUACAAUAUGUAGAUAUGAAGCUCGCAGAUUGUAACUACAGACUAAAGGAAAAAAUGGUUAGAACAAAAAAUAACACAUACAUACAAACAAAAUUCUUAUAGUAAAGUAAUGUCAUUUGACCGCCCCAAAAAUGUUUUUUCAAAAUAAUAUUGCGUAUGAUUAUGAAGGGUUUCAUUUCAUUGGCUGGUACGCUUAUAAUGUUAACUAAAGUUGAAGAAACUAACAAAAAAAUUAAAAAGGACAAAAUAAAGAAUAAAAAAUGCUCUAACUUAGUGCCUUGAACUUUAUAUUGUAUAUCUUUGACUGAAACAGACCAACAGAAAUCCACCCUGGCCCCAAAGUAUGAGAGAUGAAAUAUAUUACUGCGUCCACUGUUUGAUAAAGCAGCAAACUUGAAUGAAUGCUCUUUCUUGUGGCUUGUCACGCGAUUUUCACAUGACGUAGGAAAAACAGCCUUGGGGAUCCAGGGUUGUACCUAGAAAUGAAGAUUAUGUCAUCAUGAAAAAAAAAAAGAAACCUGCCAGAUUCUUGGUGUUGGAGAUCGUGUGAUCAUCACAUGUUAAAUAUGGAAGGAGACAGUGUACAGCAUCCUUUACAUAGUAAAGAAGCUCAAAAUGGAAACUCUGGAAAAGAAGAGUGAAAUGUUUUGUGACUUUUGAAACAAAAAUCGUAUUGACUAAGUUCCUGGCAAACUGGCAUGGUUUGUAAAGAAUCUGGGAAUCUGGUUUCCAUCUUUGAAAAACAAGGUAUUUUUGAGCUGUAACAAGUGCUUGCCAGUGAUAAUGCUGUUCACCCAAAACUGAACACUUUGAUUUGCAAUUUCCUUCUGUGCCAUGCAAGAUGGUCACUCACAGUGUUUUUUUCUUUGUUUUGUCCUGUCAAUGACAUCCUGAUUCAUCAUUACUGAACAUUAGCAGUUUAUCACUGUGAUCUUAAAAUAUGAAGUACUCACUUAAAAGUAUUCAUUCCUGCUGGAUACUUGGCCAUCAACCUUUCCAAGCAUAAGGAAUUGAUAUCAUAUUGGCCAGAUCAUCAAUGGAAAGUCUGGGUUGACUCUGGCCAGAGCAUAAGAGCAUUUCAAGGGAUCUAACCAUCAUCCAUGGAAAACAACUUGACCACGUUCACCAUAAAAAGCCCGUCUGUUAAUAUCACUGUCUUAUGACAAACGUUACAAUGACGGAACACCUUUAACUGU